CUCCAGUUCCCUGCGUCUUAGACAGUGGUGCUCCUUGGCCGUCUGAGAGCACUCGGUGGCGGAUACACGGGACCUGGUUAUCUCCCCGGGGACAGCCGGCAGCACGCCCUCUCACGGUACGGAUCCUGACUGCUAGUGAAGGACCCUGAGAGCGCUCCGUGUGGGCCCCGCCGCCCGGCUCCCCCUCAGCCAUCAAUCACGGCCGCUCAGUGCUGCUGGUGGCUGGGCCUGAGCUCUUACUCAGCUGGCAACGGAGAGCUCGGGCCGGCCUGCAACGGCGGCUCCCAGGGGCCGGGAGUGGUCAGCCGGGGUAAUGAUUGGCGGAGCUGGUGGAUGUGCUGCAGAGCAUGCAUGAGGGAGUGGUGGCUCAGCAUCCUGCUAGAAAUGGCAGAGGAUGCUGCAUGGCAGGGUGGGGGGGUGCAGAGCUGUGUGCAUGGCAGGAUGGGGGGGCAGAGCUGUGUGCAUAGCAGGAUAGGGGGGGUGCAGGAGCUGUGUGCAUGGCAGGAUGGGGGGUGCAGAGCUGUGUGCAUGGUGGGAUAGGGGGUGUGAGCCGUGUGCAUGGCAGGAUGGGGUGCAGAGCUGUGUGGCAUGCAGAGCUGUGUGCAUGGCAGGGGAUGGGGGGUGCAGUGAGCUGUGUGUGCUGGCAGGGUGGGGGGUGCAGAGCUGUGCGUGCAUGGCAGGGUGGGGGGGUGCAGUGAGCUGUGUGCAUGGCAGGGUGGGGGGGUGCAGAGCUGUGUGCAUGGCAGGAUGGGGGGUAGAGCUGUGUGCAUGGCAGGAUGGGAGGUGCAGAGCUGUGUGCAUGGUAGAAUGGGGUGGGUGCAGAGCCGUGUGCAUGGCAGAAUGGGGGGUGCAGGAGCUGGUGUGCAUGGCAGAAUGGGGUGUAGAGCUGUGUGCAUGGUAAAUGUGGGGGGUGUAGAGCUGUGUGCAUGGCAGAAUGGGGUGCGGAAGCCGUGUGCAUGGCGGUGAAUGGGGUGCAGAGCUGUGCAUGGCAGGGUGGGGGGGGGUGCAGAGCUGUGUGCAUGGCAGGUGCAGAGCUGCGUGCAUGGCAGGGUGCAGAGCUGUGCGCUGGCAGGGUGCAGAGCUGUGUACGCAGGUGCAGCCGUGUGCAUGGAAGGAUAGGAUGGGGGGGUUACAGAACUGUGUGCAUGACAGGAUGGGGGUUGUAGCCUUUUGGCUAAAACUUGCAGCAGCACUGGAUUGGUGGUAAUUUUGGAAAACUAGGUUGUAUUAAGAGAAUUGGAUUGUAUUACAGUGAAGUGGAAAUUUUGAUGGAGAAGUAUAAGGUUUGUUGAUCGGUAAUGCUUAACUGUGGAUGAGGCUCAUAGGAAACAACCAUACUAGUUGGAGUGCUAAAAGACAGCCUUCACUGCAAUAGCUGCUUCCUAUCUGCAGGAAUGUAAAUGUCCGAGCAGAAUACAGGCCAGGUAUUCCUUGAAUUCUAAAUUAAUGCUAUUCAGUAUGAUGCACAAUGCCAGUGUGGGUUGGAGGCUGUUGUAGGGAUCAGCAUAGUGUUGAAAAGCCAAUGUACUUAAAUUAUGAGGAGAUGGUUUCUUGAGAGAAGCUACUAGCUUUGUAGUGAUAAUCUAGCAGAUGCAGUGACAAACCAUACAAAGAGGUAGAUGACACAAUACUUUCUGAUUCAAGUGUUCUCUGAUGGCAACGUUAGAAAUAGAGUCCAGACUAGUUGAGGCGAGAACAACAAAAAAAGUUUUUGUUUUUUUUUAUAAAGAGAUUAGCUUUUUUUUUUUUCUAGGAGAAUUUCACAUGAUCCUGUGAGCCCUGGUACCGUAUCUUUUUGAUUUUCAAACAUGCGGUGAAGUCAAUCUGGAAUGAAAGUUAGGAUUUUUAAACCAUGUAUGUUUAUCACGUAUAAUUGGCAAAUGAUUUUGUAUAAUCGGGGGGGCGCAAAUGUAGAAAUCUCCUUUGCUGUAUUUUCCCAUUUUCUAUAAUUGAGUGCCACCUAGGCUCCCAUUCAAUCAUCUUUAUAAAUGUUGCCUUUAUCUGCCAUUGAACAUGGUGAUGGAGAAGAAACAGAAUCCACGAGGAAGAUUUAUCAGUAUUUCCAAGACUUUUACAUUUAGUGUGUGUGUGUGUGUGUGUGUGUGUAUAUAUAUGUAAGUAGAGAUUGUAGCCGUAUUAGUCCAGUGAUGUAGAUGUAAAAAACAGAUAAAAUUCUUAUCUUGUAAUACCUUUUUUAUUGGACUAACAGAAUUUUUUUCGGGAGAACCUCCCUUUCUCAAGUCUGAAGCAUUUCUGAGCAAAACGACACAUAGAAUUCAAAGUUGAGUUGUGAUACAGGGGUUAAAGCGAAGGUAUUACAAGAUAAGAAUUUUAUCUGAUUUUUACAUAUAUAUAUAUAUAUAUAUAUAUAUAUAUAUAUGUGUAUAUAUAUAUGUGUGUGUGUGUAUGUAUAUAUCUGUAAGAAUAUAUAUAUAUAUAUAUUCUAUCUCUCAAAAAAGUGUGGCUGAAAACCCCUUCCACCUAAGUGGAUAGUUAAUACAUUGCCAAAUACACAAACCAGUCAAGCCAUAAUACUAUCUUUUCCCACAGAAAUCUCACUUUAACAGUGCUCUCACUACUGCAAGGGUUCAGGGUAGGUGUAUGCAAAUGAGCUCAACAAAGAACCAAAUUUUUGCCUCAUAAUUCCACUUUACACAUGGAUUCCUUGGAGUAUGUGUCUGCUGUAUUCAACAGCUUUGAAACACGACUCAGGAAGAGGAGCAAAGACAGGAGGAGCUAUGGAGGCUUGGCGUUACUUGUAAAUAUCAAAAGAAUUGUGGUGGGGGAAAAAGUGUGGAUGAAAACCCCUUCCACCUGAAGUAAGUGGAUAGUUAAUACAUUGCUAAACACAUAAUGUCAAAAUACCAAAUGCCAAAUAGUAUACACACACACACACACCAGGGCUUGAAAUAUAGGAGCCAGCUAAAAAAGUUAAGAGCCAUUUUUUUGUUUUUAAACUAACAAAACUUAUUUUUCCGCUACAAAAAGCCAAUUCUUUAAGGGUCAAUCUAGUUACCAGAACCACUAUAGCUUAAUGUAGUAGUUCUGGUGUCUAUAGCCAGUCCCUUCAGGGUUUUCAAUGUAAACACUACCUUUUCAGAGAAAAGGUAGGUAGUGUUUGCAUUGCUGCCUAGUAACACCUCUAGGUGUGCAGCACCUCUUUUAAGUGUCUCCACACUUUACAUAUUGGCACUUAAGGUUCCCCAUAGAGAUGCACUGAUUAGUGCAUGUGCAAUAGCCUAGAAAAGCAUUGGCUUGGCUAAGAUCAACAAACUUGAUUACCAGUCAUGACAAGACAGGCACAGCAUGGGAAAAAGGUGAGUAAAAUCGCUUUUGCCAUGCAAACAGAGGGGGAAUGGUCACCUCAACAGACACACGCAAACUCAGAAAUUAUAAUUUAAAAAAAUAUAUUUUUUUAAUUGAAAUCCACUCAGCCACCCUACCUUUGAGAGAGCUGGAGUAGAUUGGCUUCCCUCGGGUCCAGUGGAGCGGCUGUCAUGUUCCUGCUCUGCUACCUCUCGCGGACUGUUUAUUAUGCCGGGGCCGGAGUGAUGUCAUAUUCCGGCUCCUGGUAUCACUGCAGAGUGAGCAGUGCAGGAACAUGACAACUCUCUCUCCCUUGCCGACCUGCUCUGCCACACAUUGCUGUCCUACAGCCAGCCAAAAUUCCUCAACAACAAUAUGAGAGACUGAUAAUCACACAGAAAAUUAUUACUUCAAAUUAUUGCUGCUAAAGGUGGUUCUACAAGCAAUUAAAUCAUAAGGUGUACUUGGUUUUUCAAACUUGGCUUCUCCAUUUUGGCUUUAUUUUUAUUAAAUAAAUCAUAACACUGUGUAAUAUGUCAUGUGUUGUUGUUCAUCUGACGUUGUAUUAAAGUAACUUUAAUUCCUGUUAAGGAACAGAUUAUAAGUAUGCCCUGAUAAGUAAAACCAUAGAGGAGGGUUUACUUUUUUCCCCAUGAUUAUAUUGUAGAUUUAGCAAAAACAUUUUAUAACCUCUAGAUAAAUAUCCCGCAACGUUUCUUUUCUUCUCAUUUGCAUUAUGAGUCUUGACUGGAUUGUAUUAUAAUGUCAAAUGCUAUAGUUAUCUCUAUCUCUCUAUAGAUGAUAGAUAUACACAAUCUAAAACUGAGCUUUCUCAGAAGUUAUAGGUGAUUUUCAAUGUUUUAUUCAAUGGUGUAAUUUCCAUUAAGAAAUACUCUUUAAAGGGUUACUACAAGCACCAUGAACACUUAAUUGAUUUGAAGUAGUCAUGGUGUCUGUAGUCUGUAUGUGCAUCAUCUUGCUAUGAAACACUGCACAUACGGAGAUUAACACCUCUGUUGCCAGAAGUGCAACUCCACCUCUAGCUGUGUCAUUAACUAGUCAGGCUAAUGUGAAAUGUUUGCUUCUGUGGCAGUGAUGGUACCACUGGACAGCCAAUGGGCAUGGCCUAACGUUUGGCUAUCCCUAGUGUAUGAUGUAAAACAGCACUUGAUACAGCUGAGGGGUUUAGAACUGUCGGACAGUUAAACUAUUGAAACGUAAAGUAUUGAAGGUCAUGCAUGGUCUGACUAAUUUUAGCAAUGAAUGGUUAUCUUUACUAUAAACAGAGAAACCACAGUUUAGUUCAUGUCUACAGCAGUUCUAGUCCUACUUAUGUGGUGUGUCUGUGUUUUGCAAAAAAGGUGUAGCAUAUCAGGAUGCCUAGGUGACUUGGCUUCAGGCAGUAAAAGUGGUGGUAUUCCAGCUACACUUGAUUAACUACUUUUUAAUCCGGCUAGUGAUGUCAGUGUUGUCCGCUGGACACUGGAAAUACUGAAGUAAAUGUUUCCCAAGAGUGACAAACCCAUCUUUUUAAUAUGAAAAAGGUUAUUUGUGGAAACUAACCUCAUUUAAAAUUUGUGUGUUGCAACAUCUGAAUCAUUGGAGUACUUUCCUGAUCACAUGGGGGCUGCAGACAUUGAACUACUACCAGGAUAUGUAUUUUUACUAUUGGAGACAGUUCUCAAAGACAAGAUUGACAUAGAGGACUUACUUAUUAUUUAUAUAGCGCCAACAAAUUUCGCAGCGCUUUACAAUGGGUGGACUAACAAACAUGUAAUUGUAACCAGAAAUAAGAUUACAUGCUAGAGGGAGUGGGGUGAAGUGACACAAAAGUUAAGGAUAGUAUUAGGGAAGUAGAUUGGUAGAAUAGUAUUCACUGAAGAAUUAGUGGUGUGUUUUUUUUUUUUUUUUUGUGUGGAUGAGUUCCAAACAAUGUGGGUACACUUCAUUUUUUCACUUGUACAUUUUGUUCUGAAACAAUUCCUAAUAUACCACUCGUAACAGUGUUGUCAGAGCACCAUAACAACUUUGCCUCUUUCCUAGCCCCAGUUUAGCGAUCGUGCUUGCAGUUACACUUCACACAUCAAUCACUCUACGCCUCAAACUUGCUUCCCCAGCUUUUUAAUAUUUUUAAUUCUUUGUAUGUUGUUUGCGUGUGUGCAAGCAUGCACUAUAAGUCCCUAGUAAGUUUUAUGGGCUUUUAUAUACUUCUGCAUUGAACUGUAACUUGCACAAUUUCUAGAAUUAAAUAUAUGAAUUAAUGGCAUCCAUCCUAUAGUUAUCUUUUAAUGAAAACUGUUAGUAAAACUUUUUAUUUUUUAUGGUUUUUUUAAACCCUUGCAGUCAGGUUUUUAUUUAUUUAUUUAUUUUAUUAACCCCCUUAAGAACACAUGACAUGUAUGACAUGAUUCCCUUUUUAUUCCAGAAGUUUGGUCCUUAAGGGGUUAAAGGAACACUAUAGUGUUAGGAAUACAAACAUGUAUUCUUAAUGCUAUAGUGCUGGACUACUUGUAUAGGUUCAUCCUUUUUCCCCCCCCUAACACCAAAUUAAGUAAAAAGGUAUUUUACUUACCUUUUCUCCAUUACUGUACUGGUCCAGUGGUGAUCACCAGCUCCUUGGCUGAGAUCAUCAGUUUUGAUGAUCUCAGUCAAUCUAAAGCUUUCCCAAAAUUUGGCAUUGAAAUGCUAUUACGCAUCCAUGGCAAAACACUGCUCUGCGCCAAACAGCAUCUCCUCAUAGAGCUGCAUUUCAUCAAUACAUCUCGUUUGUAAGCAUUCAUGUCUCCAUGCAGAAUGGGGAGAUGCUGAAUGUAGGUCCUGCAAAGCUUGCAAGACCUAACCCGGGGAGUCCCUUUAGGGUCUGUCUUAGUUACCACCACUAGAGGUGUUGCUAGGUUGCAAGCCUGCAGAGACAGGCUAUAAGCUGUAGUGUUUUUGGUGACCAUAGUGUCUUUAAAAACUGAAAUAAAGUCAAAAUCUUUUCUUCAAUCCAGUGCCAAGACAAAGUUCUCCCUGUUGCCUGACGUACAUUCAGUUCUCCUCCUCACUUUGCGGUCCAAUGAAAUCCUUGCAUUAUUUGAUUUCGGGUGAAUGAGUGGCAUACGUAUUUGCUCUGGGUCUGGGCAGGGGGAUCGAGGGAUGUAUGCAGUAACUGAGGGAGCUAUGGAGUGGAGAGACAGUGGCUGCAUUGGGCAGUGUGUUUUUUCAUUGGGCGAUAAACGCAUUUCUUGAACAGAACUUGUAUUACUCAGCCUGUAAUAGAGUUCCAUGCUAACUGGAUUAGAGCUCUUGGAGGUAGAGUUGCAACCUCAGGAGUUUGGUCAAAUAUCUCAGCCCACUUUUAAACAUUGAAGUGGCUAUGUUGCUUUGAGUAAUCCUUAAUGUAUAGAAAAUACACUGGGAAAAAAAUGAUGGAUAUAAACUCUCUCUCUUUCUUUCUAAAAUUUUCCUUGAUGUGGUGUUUAGUUCCCACACCAAGGACGACUCCUAUUCCCUGCUGAGACUUUCUCCAGGAGCAGUUUGUGACAUGAGUGAAACUGCUCUGGUGAUCUGAUAACACAUACCACAGGUGCUUUAUAUCCCAGUUCACUGUUUAAUUCUGAGAUGACUGACAGGAGCCUGAGGUGGCGUUACACCCUGGCCAAAAACGCUAAGUAACCAGGGACUGGGACUAAAUGUAUUUUUAUAUAUAAUUUUCACAUAAUUGUUUUUUUAUUAGUUAUAUAUUGGAAGAUCCGCCCAACAACCCAGGCAGUCCCCCUGCAGCCAGUCUUGCCAUUCCGAGUCAUGUGAAAGCGAUGACCCCAAGAUCACAUGACUCGGAUCCGCGAGAUUGACAGGUUGACUGCAGGGAAACUGCCUAGGUUGUCAGGCAGAUCUCCCAAUAUAUUACUAAUAAAAUAAUAUAUAAAAGAUAGAUAUAUAGACUGCUGGGUGUUCAAAUUGGCAUUAUUACUGAAAUGCAAAAAACUGACCGUGUGAUGCUUAAAGAGGUCCUGCACCAUGACAAUACUCCAGAAGGAUGCAUAGGCAGAAUACUGGGAGUGGGCAUCACAGCAUACAAAUGUUUUAUUGCAGCAAAAACUAACAGUAGUAUGACAUUCACAGUUAAAUUAUCAUGCAGAGCUUAUAUAAUCACAAUAUUUCUCAUACUCAAUGUUGUGGUUCUGGUGUAUAUAGCAUGUCAUUUGGCUUUUUAAUGUAAACACUUCAGUGAAAUGGCAGUGUUUACAUUGCUGCCUAGUAACACUUCUAGUGGCAGUCACUCAGAAGGCCACUAUGGGUGCUUCCUUUAUCAGUGCUGUGCACUGGCGUUCAGCGCUCCACUCCCUGCAUGGCGAUUCUGAACAUUCCUCAUAGAGAUGCAUUGAUUCAGUGCCUAUCUAUGAGGAGAUGCUGAUUGGCGCAUUGUGGCGCUUUCCUAUGAUAAAGCAUUGGAUUGGCUGAGAUCAUCAAACUUGAUGAUCUCAGCCAUGGAGGCAGAGCCAGCUGCGAUGAGUCCAGCAUAGGAGCAAAGGUGCGUAAAAUCACUUUUUUACUGCUCUGAUAGGGGGACGGGGGGCCUAAAUAGUUAAUUUAAAUCAGGAAUACACAUUUGUCUAUAGUGUUCCUUUAAAAUGAAAGCAGUAAAUUAUGGUUGAGAAGACCUAUAGCUCAAAUUAUUGGUCUUGUUUUACUUCAGAACUUUGCAGGACAAUUGCCCACCAGAGCUAACAUGCCUCUCUUCGUAGAAUUUUGUAUUUUUAUUUAUUUAUUUAUUUAUUUUAUAAAAUGUACAUACAAGUUGAGAAAAAGACCCUAAUCCUAUGGUUUUAAAUUGUUCUCCUAAUGAGUGACUAACCUAUUAAACUAGCUUACAUUAUAAAUAUCAAAUCUUAAUCUGGUUGCAAAUAUUAAAGAUUAACAACCAGGAAUAGGGAUGCACAGAAAUUUCGGCCAAAAAACGGUCAAAACCCUUUAUUUACUUGCCUUAUCCUAGUGCCGAUGUCCCUCGGUCGAAGAUCCGCUCCUUCUCCGUCCCGUGACAAACGGGAUCUAAUGAGCAUGAAUCAAUGCUUUCCUAUGGGGGAAAAUCUGACGCUGGAGCUCCUCAGGCAGAGCGUGUGAACGUCCAGCGUCCGAUAACGGACCAAAAGUCUGUUACGAUUCCGGAAGCGCCACCAGUGGCUGUCUGGUAGACCGCUACUGAGGGCAGACUUAGUGCUGCAAUGUAAACAGUGCAGUUCUCUGUGACUGCAAUGUUUAACAUUGCAGCAUUAGGUGCAAAAGGGACACUGUACCCAGACCACUUCAGGUACACUGUAGGCACCCAGACCACUUCAGCUCAUUUAAGUGGUCUGGGUACAGUGUCCCUGUCCCCUUAAAGGACCACUAUAGUGCCAGGAAAACAUACUCCUUUUUUCUGGCACUAUAGUGCCCUGAGGGUGCCCCCACCCUCAGGGACCCCCUCCCGCCCGGCUGUGGAAGGGGGAAAGGGUUAAAAACUUACCUUUUUCCAGCGCUGGGCGGAGAGCUCUCCUCCUUCUCCGUUCCUCCUCCUGGGCUGAAUGCGCACGCGCGGCAAGAGCUGCGCGCGCAUUCAGCCCGUCGCAUAGGAAAGCAUUUACAAUGCUUUCCUAUGGAUGCUAGCGUGCUCUCACUGUGAAAAUCACAGUAGAAACGCAUAGCGCUAGUGGCUGUCAAUGAGACAGCCACUAGAGGAUUAGGGGGAAGGCUUAACCCAUUGAUAAACAUAGCAGUUUCUCUGAAACUAUGUUUAUAAAAAAAAUGGGUUAACCCUAGAAGGACCUGGCACCCAGACCACUUCAUUAAGCUGAAGUGGUCUGGGUGCCUAGAGUUGUCCUUUAACCCCACAAGUGUAAUUAUUGCAGUUUUUCAUAAACUGCAAUAAUUACCUUGAGGGGUUAACUCCACCUCUAGUUUACCAGAGGGACUUCCGGGUGGUCGCCUAACUGAUGCAGGACAUCCUCAUGCUGCGUCUGCUAAAUACCCAUAGGGAAGGAAUUGAUACAAAGUCCAAUAUUAAAAAUAUUAUAGAAAAAACUAUUUGAAAAUCAUUUGGGGGGGAAAAAAGUCAUUUUUGGUUUUCCGCCAAAGGCAUCCUGAAUUUUUGGUUUCGGGACAGAAUAUUAAUUUCGGUGCAUCCCUAACCAGGAAGAAUGAGUCUUUACAUGUAAAAAAUCUUGAUAUAAAUCGCGUCUUAUCAAAUUGAUUUAAAUAGAAUCCACCCUUGUAGUACGCAUGUGUGAUAUAAUUGAUGAAAUGAGCAUGCUUUAUUUCAAUAACCUAUAGCAGGUGAAAUAAAAGGAUUCACUUAAACCAGGGCUGUCAGCAGUCUGUUUAAAGGGAAACUAUAGUGCCAGGAAAACAAACUAGUUUUCCUGGCACUAGGGCUUCCUCCUGCGUCAAGGGCCCACACCUUCCCCGUUAAAAUCCCCUUCUAUCUCUUACCUAGAUCCAGCGCCGAUGUCCCUGGCUCGGGUCUGCCUUCUCUUGUCCCCCUCCACCGCCACACUCGCCUUUUGGUUUCCCCAUGCUGACCUAUGGGGAUUCCUGUGACGCUGGAAGUCCUCAUGCAUAGUGUGAGGACGUCCUGCAUCAGGCAACCAAAAGUUGCUUAACAAUCCGGAAGUCCCUUUGUGGCUGUUUGGUAGACAGACACUAGAGGUGGAGUUAACCCAUAAAGGGAAUUAUUGCAGUUUAUAAAAAAAAACAAAAAAAACCCUGCAAUAAUUACCUUUUCCGUGUUAAGGGUGCUGGGACACUGCACCCAAACAACUACAAUGAGCUGAAGUGGUCUGGGUGCCUAUUGUGUUCCUUUUUAAUAUCAGUGGAAAGCUAUGAUAACGCUUUAGCAAACAAAAUCACACUCUGUGUAGGGAAUGAUGUUAAACUAAUUUUAUUAUUAAUGAGUAGUUAAAGUGGCUCUGUUACCUCAAACUUGCCUUUCUUCUAAUGUUACAUUUUCUCUUCCUCUUUUAAGAAUCUGUUCUUUUUAUGCCUUUCUGAUCUAAUUCUUUUUAAAAACAUAAGACAAAUGAGGGACUACUGGCUUAUUUGUUAAAGAGAAAUAGAUCAGAAAAGAACAGACUCCGAAAGAGGAAUAGAAAAGGCAACCACAAGAGGCAAGUUUGAGGUGACAGUCUCUUUAAAGGGGCAGGAGCUUUAGGGCGCCAUCUUACCUUUUCCAGCAGCUUUGUCUGUCUACCACCAGCUGCAAUGCAAAGCUUUCUGGAGUUGACUGAGCAAGCAGAGCCGUGUGGCAAUGGAGGGCCAAUUUCAGAUUUACAUAAUCGGGAAAACCAUUUAACUCCUGAAGGUAAGACAGUACCCAAACACUCCUGCCCCCAUAACAACUUUGAGUUAUGAGAGGUGGGACUGUUUAGUUCAUAAACUCCAUGUUGAAAUUUGCCCUGCACUACUAUGAUGCUGUGUUAUAUUUCAAUAUAUUUAAAAACAGAUUUUGCCAGCAGCUUUUCAUCUCUUGUGCUGAACUCACACAGCAUCCUAAUGGGAAUUAUACUUCUAGUGGGAAGCCUCUUUGGGAGAGAGAGAGAGAGAGAGAGAGAGAGAGAGAGAGAGAGAGAGAGAGAAUAUAUAUAUAUAUAUAUAUAAUGUGUGUGUGUGUAUGUAUAAUCUCUAUCUAUCUAUCUAUCUCUGUAACCCUGUUUAUGUCCGCUGUGGGGGAUUUCAUAGUUUAUUCCUUCAGGAAUACUGCCAAAACGAAUACACUGAAGUGGUUAACUAUUAUAUUAGGUAAUAAACCACCAUGGUUACUUUUUUGUUUGGGCUCUAAUGGGUUUCAGUGAUAUUUUUAUUUAAUGCUGAUCUAUUUGGGCCUGUCUGAGCUUGAGCACUGGGGUUUUAAUCAUGUCUUCCUUCAUUUUUAUUGACCUCUUGGGGGAGGGUGUGUGUCUAGAGUCUAGAUAAAUGAUCUGGCUGUGCACUGUAACCUGCAUAGUUUUGUUUGAGGUUUAGUAGUUAUGGCAAACUUUUUUUGUGUAUCUUUAUUUUGUUGUCUCAGCAGGGUGUUUGAACAUACUUGUGAUCAUCUGCUAGUCAUAUACAUCUAUAUCUAUGUAUGGUUUAGUAUUGGGAGAGUGAGGCUACUUUUACCACCCUUACAUAGGGGAGACCUAUACCUUGUGUAUGACAUCUCUUGUUUUUGAUUUACUUUACUAUAAUUUUAUUUUAUUAUAUUUUGAUUAUUUAGAGUAUUAAAUACCAAGGAUUUUUCUUUUCAUUCUUUCUCCCUGAAUGUAUGGAUUACCCUGUAUACACUGAACAUGUUUGCCAUCAUAUACCGGUAAUUCUACUGGCAGUUCCCUAAGGCAGAUGGAUUUUGCAUUUUUAUUACUUGAUAUUUACUUUUUUUUUUUUUUUUCUUCCCAGUUCAGGGUGGGGGAGGGUUUCUUGACAGGACAGGAUUAUUGUAUUCAUGCUGGGUGUGAUUUAUAGGUACUAUGUAUUUGUUCAAUUUGAUACUUAUGAGAAUCUUUAUUACAAUACCAGUUGCAUGGCGGUCCAUAUUUUCUGUGGUAAUUUUUUUUAUUUAAAAAAAUAAAAAUGUGUUUAAUUUUGUGUUUGAACAUGUGAUAUUAAAAUUCCCAUGGAACCCUUUGAUCGGUAAUGGGGUAAAAUCCUUGCCUGCUUCCUUUCAGACGGCAAUGGAACACUCCAAGGCCUCAAAAUCACAUCCUGUCAACGAAGCAGUUAUGGUGCCUGGUGUUCCCUGUUGUCUUAUUAUUACCUUCUUGUGUUAAGUGCAUAACAACAGUCAACAAGUCCAAAUGUUGUUAGACUGUAUGAGUGCACUCUUCUCCUGCCCCAAUCCAUCUGUAGGGAAAGAAAGCCUAAGAGACUCCAGAGUAUAAAUUUGUUUGACCAGUGUCCUCAUCAACCUCCUGUUCCUGUAAAAUCUCAAUAAUUUGUCUCAUUUAUUGUUAAAUUCCCUCUUUUAUAUUCCCUAUAUUGUAAAGCGCUAUGUAAUGUUUGCUUCUGAAGCAGGUUUACAAGUUGGCACACCGUUUUUGGGGGGUCUGCGUUAGCUACUUUCUUUAUAACAAACCUUUUCUUUCCAAAUCUUUUUGGGUUUGUCCUGUUGCGGCAGAAUUUGCUGAUGGACUCACUAGAUCCCCAUCAAGUGGCACUAGGGCCUCUGACUGAGUUCCCUAUCUGUCUGUAAUCAGAAAGUUAUGGAAAGGGAUGUUACUAGUCAGUAGAACACUUGAUUUCUAGCAGGCAAGAUUAUAAUUAGCAAGUUCAUGCUGCCAAUGGUUUGUAUUCUGUAAUACAUGUUUGCUAGUGAUCCUUAGAUUAAAAACACUGCUUUGAUAGAGAGAGUUCAUUUAAAAAGUGCUUAUUGUAGGAGUGCCUUUUCUUUUCUUUAAUGCUUGGUGCUUCAUUUGUUUUUGGCUCUUUCUAUGUCUACCUGUACUAGUUCUAUUGAAAUCAGUGCUGUCUCCCAACAUGAAACUGCCACGCAGACAAGAGCCUGGGAAAUUUGCUGCCAAAUUUUCUAGCUUUCAAAAAAAAAAAAAUCUGGAACAUAACAGUACUGUAUGACUGGAAUAUACUCUCAAUCAGCACAGUCAUCAUUUGCUAAUAUUUUCCAGCAAUCCUACUUCUAGUGGUGUGCAAUCACGAAUGUAAGUAACAUUACUGUGAAAGCCUGCUGGUCCUUUCAGUAGACAGGAGGUUAACAGAAAGUUCCUCUGACUCUAGCCUUUUUUGACACAGCUGGGAUUAUUUUCAGGUAGGCUGCCUAGUUCCAGACAAGCCUUCUUUGUGCAGCUGGGCAGUCAGAGCCUCUGGUUUCAGCUUUCCUGCUCAGGCAGACAGGAGAGAUGUGUUCUGAGUCAUGGUUAUUGAAUGGGGAGAGUAAGGAUGGAGGGAGCAGGAGGGUGGACAUCCCCCCACUCCCUCUGCCCCCCCCCCCUCUUUUCUUCUCUUCUUUUUCCUAUUAAACACUUUCAUGUAUUGUCCAAAAGAGUGAUAUCCUCUUGAGUGUGAUGAAUGUUAGAAAUAUAGUUGAUAACUACAAUAGUUGCUUAUUUCUUUGUGACUGGAGUAACCUUUCCCUGUACAUUGUUUUGUUUACAUUGGAUAUCACUCCAUUUUUUUUCUAGGGGGAACAUGUCCACGUUUUAGACUGUUGCAUGGUUGCGAACACAAGAUGGCUAAACCAUAAUAAAAAACUUAUUUGUGUUUUAAGUCCUAAAAUGUGUGUAGGCAAAUUAAAGGAACACUAUAGGCACUGUCACUAUCCCCUUGACCCAGUUUUAGCGAAUCUGCAGUGGGUACAUUGCAGGUUUAAGUCUGCCUCUAGAGGUGCUUCCUGCAGUUUCAUGGAGUUUAACUCCAUGAAAUGACACUAGAUGUUUUCCAGUUGUGUAUGAGUACGUCCAACAUGUUGAAAAACCACAUAGGAAAGCACUGAUUCUUUGCUUUCCAAUGGAGAAGGCCUAAUGCACGUGUGUGCAGUGCUCGCUGUGCAUGUGCAUUAUGUUCCCUCUGAGGAGACUGAGCCUGCGCCGAGGGACAUCAUGCUGUUAAGAGGUGAAUGUUUAAAGUUUUGUUUGUUUUUUUGACAGGCACAGUUUUGUAUUCCAAAUGCUGUAGUGUUCCUGAUUCUGUCAUCCUGUGUGGAUGUCCAGAACCAUAUCAGAUACGAAUUGAAGAGUAAUCUAUGCAUUGCGCAUGUGAACAUUUUUGGUCUGUUUAGUAUAAACAAACAAUUGAAUUUUUAAAAAAAUUAUUAUUUUUUUUUUUUUGCACAUUGAGCGUGGCCUAUUGGAUAUGUAGGAAGACAAUGUACACGAGUGCAUAUCUGCCUCCCAGAUGCUUAGCUAGAUAUUUAGCACUGAGACAUGUGAACAGGAUUCAGCACUUGCAACUCUAGAAGAAGUAGUAUUUUUGACUUUUUGUAGUUUACCAGUGUCUCUGUAUGUAUGCACAUACUCGCUCUUGCCAUAGUUUUGCCUAUAACUUUAAAGGGAUUCCAUAGUGCCAGGAAAACAAACUAGUUUUUCUGGCACUGUAAAAUCCUACAAUACGUCCCCCCCCAUCCCGCAUGGCUGGUUAAACCCCCUUCAGUCACUCGCCUGAAUCCAGCGCCGAUGUCACUCGCCGCUGGGAUAGGCUACGUCCACGCUCCUUCCCUGCUGACGUCAACCGGCGGGGGAGACAUAAUGCACAUGCACGGCAAUGGCCAUGCUCGCAAUAGUAUCUCCCCAUAGGAAAGCAUUAUUCAAUGCUUUCCUAUGGGGAAAAUCUGAUGCUGGAGGUCCUCAUGCAGAGUGUGAGGACGUCCAGUGUCGGAUAAAGGACCAAAGGUCUUUUGGAUUCUGGAAUUCCAAAAGGAGCCACUAAAGGAGAAGCUAACCCUACAGUGGAAAUUAUUGCAGUUUCUCAGAAGCUGCAAUAAUUUCCACUGUAGGGUUAAGGGACAUGGGACACACAAUGAGCUGAAGUGGUCUGGGUGCCUAUAGUGUCCCUUUAACACAAAUUUUGCAAUGAAAUACACCCCAAUGAGAUACAGUAUAUCCUGAUUUGAUGAAUACAUAGGAUUUACUUAUAUUUUUAUUUCACUGGCAGUUGGUAUAAGACAAAAAAUAAUUUUUAGUACUCAAUAUUACCACACAAAAGUAUAAACUUAGAGAUGUUUGUCAUUUUUGAUAUCUCAAUCAUUCACGAAGACACAUCGUUGUACUGAUCUGAAUUUUGUCUGGUGUGCCUUACUGAAAGAAGCAGUGACAAUUUAUGUUCAGCUAAAUGCCCCAACAUGUCCAAUCCCUCUUUAGUUUUAUUUUUUUUUUUCUCGACCAGUGCAAAAUUUGAGUGAGAUACCUGUUACAAAACUCAACUUAGCCUCACGUGAAAAUGUUAAAGGGUUAUUCCAGGCAACUGUGACCAAUUCAGUGAUUUGAAGUGGUCAUGGCUCCUGGAGUCGAUAUGUGCAGCAUUUUGCCAUGAAAUACUGCACCUAAAGUUUUUAACCCCUUUACUGCUGGAUGUGUAACUCUAGCAACAUUAGUAGCCACCCGGUUACAAAAGUUAUUUUUAUAAGAGCUGAUUGCUUUCGGCAACUGAAUGCAUGGAAAUGUCUAACUUUUUCAGGCAAUGAGUUAGCCGCAGAAGCCAGAUGCUAUUAGCCUACCUGCAGUGGGGACUCUGGCAAAAUGGUUUUACUGGGGAACGGGUCAUGGUACUUCUGCCAUCAUUGCCACACUGUUACAUUUUCUUCACAUUCUAAUCCUAUAACAUAAGAAACAGAACUUAAUUCAUAGUGUAUGUAGUAUGAAAUGUAAACAGACACUAUAGUCACCAGAACAACUACAGUUUAUUAAUUUAGUUCUGGUGAGUAGAAUCAUUGCCUUCAGGCAUUUUGCUGUAAACACUGUCUUUUCAGAGAAAAUGCAGUGUUUACAUUACAGCCUAGUGAUAACUUCACUGGCCACUCCUUAGAUGGCUGUUAGAUAUCCUUCCUGGGUCAUGGCUGCCUAAAAUGCAUCCAUUCAUUCAGUGUCUCCUCCCUCUGCAUGCAGACACUGAUCUUUCCUCAUAGAGAUUCAUUGAUUCAAUUCAUCUCUACGAGGAGAUGCUGAUUGGCCAGGGCUGUUUGAAUUCUGCUGGCUCUGCCCCUGACCUGCCUCUUUGUCAGUCUCAGCCAGUCCUACGGGGAAGCAUUGUGAUUGGAUCUGGCUACCACUUAUGCUGAUGUCAGCAGGCAGUGGGCAGGUCUAAAGGAAACAGGCACAAAGCAUGCAGCUGCAUACUUGAAUACAAGUAAGAUUUACUAUAUUUAGGGAGGCAUGAGGGGACCAGGGUGGCUAGAUGGUGGUUUUAACCCUAUAGGGUCAGGAAUACAUGUUUGUGUUCCUGACCCUAUAGUGCUCCUGUAAUAUAACAUAAAGUGGAGAAUUUCCAAAGUACUUUUUUAAUCCUUUAGAUCAGGGUUUUCCAAACUCUGUCCCUCCAGAUAUUGCUGAACUACAACUCCCAUUAUUCCCUGGCUAUUUAUUUUAAAGAAUCAUGUGAGUUGUAGUUCAGCAAUGUUUGGAGAACCCUGGUUUAGAUUUGCCACCUAACUUGCAUCAUAACCACUGUGGAGAAUGUACAAUAAAUAUAGAGAAUUUCCGCAAACAGAAUAUACUGCUUAAAUUGACACUAUAGUCACCAUAACUACAGCUUAAUGUAGUCGUUCUAGUGUGUAUAGCCUCUCCCUGCAGGCAUUUUCAUGUAAACACUGCCUUCUCAGAGAAAAUGCAGUGUUUACAUUGCUACCUAGAGACACCUCCAGUGGCAGUCACUCAGCCAGUAGAGGUCCUUUCAUUAGAUGCGGUCUGUUAUUUUCUGACCCACCUCUGUGGGUCAUGCGACAAUUUGAUAUGAACCACUUUGUGAUAACAAGUCUUAUAAAGCACAGGCAACAUCUGAAUCCAGUUGCCCAUGUGGGUAGAAAAAUAAAUCUGUUUUCAGGUGGCAUGUAGUGGGUGCCGAUUUGAUAUUUAAUGGCUUUAACAGUAGAGUUCAUAUUUAUGCCAAGUUCCUAUCCUAGCUCUCAAUCAACAGGCUGAAAAUAGCUUGUUUAGGGACAGCUUUACUCAAAAGCCAAUUAGCCAGAUGUUGCCACAAGACGUUGACUUUGUUGUUUUAAGCCAAGGAGCAAAACACAGCUCGCUGCUAAAUCUCCAGUGGCAUUUUUAGAAAUCCUUUAAGUAGCAGAUAUUAAGUUUUAGUUUCUGGGAAGUCUGCUAAUCUCUUGACUGGCUACUAGUAGCCGGCAUGUGACUUUAUCCUUCUGAGUAAUGUGAUGUGACAUGGGCUAAGCUGUAUAUUAUGGCAUUCACUGUGUAUUUCAUACACUCUGUACGCACUUACCCAGGUGUGGGACGAGUAAGGUGAUGCAAUAUGCCAUGACUGAGUUUUAGCAAAUGUUAUAUUAUAUGCGAUAUAUUCUAGUCAUAAAAAAAUCUGGGAUUUUGUACUCAAUACAGUUACUUUGACUUUUUUUUUUUUUUGCAACUGAUGAAGUGGUUUAUACUAUCAAUUGUAGACAAUGGGUACAGCUAUAAAGUUAUUGCACCUAUUUAUUUAGGUUUUAGAAGAGGGACAAAUCUUUUACAAACAGACCCGUCUUAACAAUACCAUAUCUGGUCGUAACCCUUAUCCAUUCAUAACGAACGGUGGAGAUAUUAUGAAAUGUACUUGGACAACCAUUAUAUUUCAUAAUUAUUUAUAUAAUAAGUAUUGAAGCGCAAGUAUUGUAUACAGACCAUGCAAAAACUUUUUAACUAUAGCUCCCUUUCUUUUCUUUCUUUUUUUUUUUUUUUGGUAAAUCUGAGUUUUAUUUGUUUAUGCAGUAUUUAUACAUCCGUGAGAUUCGCAGAUCUCCCCCCAAAAUUUUUGCAAUUCAAUAACAAGUAAAGGGUGUAGUCAAAAGUUAAACACAGGUGGUGUACAUAGUUAUCUGAGCUCGCAGGCCCGCAAUGUUGACGGACACACAGGUCCCUUGUGGUGCUCCCACUAUUAAGUGUGUGGAAUAUGUUACAAAGAUCAAGAGGGGAUGGGAGGGUUAGUGGUAGGAAUGCAUAUGUGGAUUUUCAAUUUAUUCAACUUCAUUCCUACAUCAAUAGACAUAUUCACAGAUACCGGACACUUCGCAUGAGUCGUAGUGUGUAAUGAGGUCGGUGUUGGAGUUGUCACUACAGACUAGUUCUGUAGGCUUAUGCAUAGCGCGUGUGGCUUCCGGGAUUUAUCUGAUUGGUGUUUUUGUACUGAGUUCGGCUAGAGCUGGCCUGGUGUUCCCCAACUGGUUACUAGUGCGCCCAGUGUUACUCAUUUUGUGUUGGUUAAACAAAGCUUGGGCUGUCCGUUUUGUGAUUAUGGUCUGUGCGUUUUGUGGGAAGUCAAUGAUUAUCCAAUUGGGGUUGGAUGCGUUCUGUAACUCCUAGCUAAGUGUCAGGGCAUGUUUAUGUUUAAUCCUGCCCAACAGGGGUGCUGUCAGCGUCAGGCCCUCAUCCCUAGUUUCUCCUCUAGUCUUUAUCAGGCGAGUUUGCCUUUGCUUAGUAGGUAGAGGUAUUCUGAAUAGUGCGGCGAGCUAGGUGGUCCUUGCUUUGUCAUGUUCUUUAGUUGAUUUGUCUAACUCUGUGUGUGUGUAAGUUCAGUGUACGUGCCUUGCUUCCUUCCGUGUGUGUUUUAGGCCUCUUACCGUUUUAGUUCUGGCCAUAUUCAUUUAUUUUGUCUCGUAGUAGGUCUGUCUGUCUGUCUGUAUGUGUGUGUGUUUGUGUGUUGCUCCCUGUUCAUUUUUUAGUUGAAUUCAUAGUUAGUUGGCUUUGUUUGCCAUUCAAUGGAGGCAAAUUUCCUAUCCCCUAUCAUCUACGUGUGUGUUGUCUUGGUGAGAGGUCCUCCGUGGGCCUCUCUGCUUCUCUUAUUUUGUUAUCCCGAUCGUCCAAGUCCUUGUUAUGUGUCUCCCGAAGUCCUGUGUUUAUAGCUCCCUUUUCUAUUAAUAUGUUCACUAUUCAGGUUUUUUUUUUUUUUAACUAAUGGUGCAAAGGAAGUCCUGCAUUUUCUCUCGCUACACACAUUUAUUUUUUUUACUUCUUUCUUUUUCUCUUCUUCUUUACAGGAACACUAACAUUAGGAAUUCAAAUUUAAGCUCAAAGUAGCUUAACUGAAAGCACAGCUGAAUUAGAGAAAUUUUACUGGUUCAGCCAUUGUGGCCUUAAAUUUUAAAUUCACUUUGCGUUUUCACUUUAGUGAAUAACCAUCUAGUCCCCCCUCACUCUGGUCUUGCUGUGACUGCAGCUCUUCCCCUGGCUGAGAUAAUAAUUAAAUAUUAUCUCUGCCAAUCCAGUGCUCUCCUAUAAGGAAGCAUGUGGGUGUGGAGCUAGUGUGAAUGCUUUAGAUUGCAUCUCUACGGGCAGAUUUCAAUAGACAAAGAUUGCAUGAUUCCAGCAGGAUUGGCCUCUAGUGGCAGUCUGAGGGACGACCUGUGGAGGCAGCAUCAGGGACAAAUAUAAACACUGCCAUUUGUGAGAAAAGGCAAUGUUUACAACUUUCAGUCUGCAGGGACAGGCUGUUUUAUACCAGAAACCCUAUAUUAAGCUGUUCUGGUGCUUAGCAUUCCAUUUUAAAUCUCAUUUUAAUAAAAAUUAAAUUGCUUGCCUUGUUUUGACACUUUGAUAAAUCUUAAUCACUUUAUUUUUUUGUUUUGUAUAGUCUUUUUUUACAUACUGUAUAUUUCAUCUCCUACGUUUUUAGAUUUCACUGCUUAAAACCUAGAUAUUUGCAAUUAUUCAGUUAAGCCAAUAAAUAAAUAUGCAUACUUGUAAUGGAGAUCUGCACUGGAGCGUUGAUAUUUUCAUAAGCAGAAGUAACCUAAAUAAUAUUUCUUUAAUGGCACAUCAUACUGUUCCCACCCAUAAGGUUAAUCCAGAUCCAAUAGGCCAGGCAUACACUGAUCAGCGUGAUAAAACAAUCAAGUAAUGUUAUGGCGCUGAAUGUAAAACUAUAUAUUAUAUACUAAUAAGCAGCACUAUAUAUCGUGAAAAAGCUCAAUCACCUAUAAAACAAUGUAAGAAUAAAUAUUUAUAAACAGUGAAAAUAAUUUGUGCAAUAUUGUGAUCAAGUGCAUCAAUGUGCAACUCACACAUAUAUGUAUAUGUAUAUAUAUGUAUGUGUGUGUGUGUAUGCAAAUUGUGCAAACAAAAUAUUUCUUUGUGCAACCAAUUAUGUGCAAAGAGACAAUACUUCGCUUUCCCAAUUAUGGACUAUGCUUUAGGGCUUCUGUCAGCAAUCCAAUAUAUGUCUCAAAAAGAGAAAGGAAAUAUACAAUCAUAGGGUAAUAUGUACAUAAACAUUAAUAAAGAAAAUGUAAACCUAAACACUCACAAGGGUAGAGCAAUAAAGUCUGCUCUAAACUUUGUAGGCUUCUAUUGCAAUGACGUAGGCUGGAAACUGUGGUGAAGUUAAAUCCUUUAUUGCUUCUUUAAAAAUAUCGCUGUAUUAGGCUAAGUCCCAAUUAUCUGGUCACCUCUUUAUGGUUAGUGCUGGUGUAUACAGUCUCUAUAUCGGCGCCGGCUAUACAGAGUCUCUGUGUGCCGAAAAGACUUCCUGAUUCCAAACACUUCCGGGAGGCGGGGCUUAGCGGCCGGUUAGCGUAAUGACGUCAGAGCGUGAUGGCGCGUUUCGCCAAGGGGUUUGGCUUCCUCAACUGUCUAAAUUACAACUAAGGAAGUCUCCGGUUCACAGAACAUACUCUGAUCAGCCACAACAUUAAAACCACAGGUGAAGUGAACCAUAUUGAUUAUAUUGUUACAAUGGCAUAUGUCAAGGGGUGGGGUAUGUUAGGCAGCUAGUGAACGGUCAGUUCUUGAAUUUCAUGUCUUGGCAGCUGGAAAUAUGGGCAAGUGAAAAGACCAGAGUGACUUCAACAAUGGCCAAAUAGUAAUGGCUAGACAACUGGGUCAGAGCAUCUUCAAAAUGGCAAGUCUUAUGGGGUGUUCCCAGGAUGCACAAGACUACGAAGAGCGGUGCAAGGAUGGACAACCAGUGAACCAGCAUCAGAGUAGUGGGCGCCCAAAGCUCAAUGAUACACAUGGGGAGUGACAGCCCACCUGGUCUGAUCACACAGAAAGGAUAUUAUAGCUCAAAUUGCUGAAAAAAAAAUUGCUUGCCAUGAUGGAAAGGUGUAAGAGAGAACACAGUGCAUCGCGGAUCUUUUCAUAUGGGGCUGCAUAAUUUGAGACCAGUCAAAGUAUCCAUGAUGACCCCAGUUAAUACCACACCAUCUCACUUCGAGGUUUACUUUUAAUAGAUACUACUUAAUAGCCUAUUUAGGGAGCUUGUUGUGAGCUGUCAGGGGUUAAUUCUCUAGUGUGGUUAUACCUGAGGGAGGGUGGAAUAAUAGAUAUUAUAUAGUUUUUCAACCACUAUAGCAAACUUAAAAGUGAAUAGAGUGUGUGUUUUAAUGAGUCACAUCCAGAUCUGUUCUUGUCAUGUCUAUUAAUUUCUUAUUUGGAAUGUUUUGAUUUUGCUUUAUUUAUGGAUUGCGUUCGCUGGCUAAGCAUAUCAGCCAGUAAAUGCCAUUCAAGUAGAAGGAAUUGAUAUUGUUAUCGACUUUCAGACAGUUUGAUACAUAACUGGGAGAUCAUAUCGUCAGUGGGAUGAUGGCCUCAAAGCUAAUGUGGACCUUGGUAGUUAUGGUGCUCUGAGUUGCACUUUAGUGGUGCUCAAAUCAAAUGUAAAAUUAUACUACACUACUUUUUUUUUUUUUUUUUUUUGAAUUGUUUUUUUAACAUUUUCAUAAAACUUCUCAAUACCUGCUGUCACCAUAAAGAGGUAGGACUCUCAGGUACUUGACAUGCAAAUCUACGUCAACCAGUUAGCCACGCAGGGCCUCAAUAGGCAGAUCAAACAUUUAAUGGGAAAACAUUCUCAACUGUGCAUCAGAGAUAUCGAGAGGGUUACAAACCCACAAACGUGUUGAAUCAAGGUGUAGUGAAUUAUGUUUAAAUGUGAUUGGUAAUAUCUUGAUGUAGUCUAUGGUAUCUCGUAGUGGCGUACCAUUAGUAGUGACUUGUGUCCUUUUUAGGUGUCAUGAUCUGGCUUCUUUCUAAAGAGCAUGUGUUACAUAUGUAAUUUUGAAAAGUGAUGUAAUUCUCUUUGACCACUUGCUUUCUUUGUAUUUUCAGAAUUGGUAUAUUUUAGAGUUGUCUGAAUGUGAAUAUGCUCACUUUGUUAUAGUACACUGACUAUUGCAUUUGAAUUUUAAUGGUAGAUCAUGAAAAUAAUGGAUGUCACUUCAUUUUUUUUUUUUUUUUUUCCCACAGUCAAACAAGACAAGUGAAACUGGAGUGGAUUUGGUAGGCAGAAAUUCAUACGUUGUCCCCGAAACAUAUUCCACUUUUUAAAUUUUUUUUUUUUGUGUGUGUGUGGUGUGCUAGUACUGAAUAGUCUUAUCCGUCUGACACUGUGACCACAAAAUGUCUCGGAAACAUAACCAAAAAGGUAAGUGUUACAAAAAAUCGAUUAUUUUAAACUGAUGGCUAUUAAUGACUAGUUCUUUAUACUAGUUACUCUCUUCAUGCUUGACUUUAUUUUCUAUAAUGCAUAAAAUUUAAGUAUAAAUAUAAAAAAGAAAUGUGCACAUCUCUGAAUCUUCCUCUUCUAUAGAAAAUCCCCAAGGUCCGCUUCAUCUAUAGAGGCCAAGAGAUGGCUCAAAUCUUGCAACCAAUGAGGAUUCUCCCAUUGGCUUCAACUCAAGCACAUAUAACUCCUAUGUGCAGCAAAAAUUAGGAUAUGCAGUACAACUCUUUUAACGGCUGAGCAUUGCAUGGCAAAGACAUGAAAAUUAAAGGACCGCUAACAUUACCCAGGCUACUUCAUCUCAGUGAAGUGGCUAGGGUGCAGUAGCCUUUUAGUUAAGUGUUCUUGCAUAGCAAGACCACUUAAUGUUAUCUCAAAUAUAUAUUAAGUGUUCUUGCAUAGCAAGACCACUUAAUGUUAUCUUACAUAUAUAUAUUAUUAUUCUUAUUAUAGCCAAAUUUGCCACCCUAACUCCUCCCACAGUUUUUACCCUACAUAGACAAAGAUUUACCAAAACGUACAGAUUGUUCCCGAUCGGAUUGCUAUUACUUUGUGGAACGUUUCGCCGAAUGGUUCACGGAAUAUCGUCGUUCUUGUGGCGAAAUUUGUCCCAUAGGAAUGAAUGGCAAAGCUAGAGUGGGAGCUGGCAAAAGCUGAAAAAUCAGGACAUGAUUUCUAAACUGCCACCACUCCCUUAUUUUCAGGCCCAUCUACACAAAUCUUAAAUCAAAACGUUCAGCUAUCCCUGCUGCCACUAAACAUGUCAACGGCUAAGCCAUAGUCCUGAUAGUUUUCACAAUAUUAUCAUUUGUUUGCAACUAACGCCGUCCAUUGACAUUCAUUGAAACUUCACUCUACAAAGCUCAAAUUUGAAGUGCAAUUUCUAAACUGCGACUGUGCCUUCAUUUUUAAUACUUCAGAGACAUACUGUAGGUCUGGGUCUUGUGAUUCUCACACUAUAAAGCUCUUCGCUGUAUGAUUUAAAGUUUUUAAAAUACGGCCGUUUGAAGAUGGCAACCGCCAAAAUACUCUGACCUGUGCCAGGCUGCAGCAGCAAGUGAUGUCAUAGACAGGGACUUUUGAACACCUGCUAAUGUUUUUAUAAAUGUAUGGUUUAAUGUAACUGUGCAACAACGUUGCAAUUAAAUGUGCUACAUAAAUGAUAACAGUUACUCCGCCCACUCCAGUUGUAGACUACUGGUGGAGGCAAGAACACUUCACACAAUUUCCCCAGAAAUGGUAGCUUUUCUAGUUUUAACCCUGCAAUGUAAAACUUUUUUAUUUUUUUUUUAUACUUCAGUGUUUACAUCGCAUGGUGAAAGACACUUCCUAUGCAGGAUCAGUGAGAAGUGAGACUCCUGUGACAUUUAGUGUAAUGUAGCGCAUAGAAAAGCAUUGAAUUAAAUGCUUUGCCGUGAGAUGCAUUUUAUGACCCGUGCCUUCUCACACAUGUGCAUCUCAUCCCCAGUGCUCCCUCUAUGAGAGGCAUAGGAUUGAUCAGAACCUUGGAGGUGAUGCCUUCAGCAUGUCAUUAUGGGAGGGGAGCGGGCAGAAGCGCUGAUGGAAUCUAAGUGCUGGAGAAAAGGUGAAUAAUAGGGGGAGGGGCUAAAACAAACAGAGCACUAGGUCACUAUAGUGUUAGGAACACAGGUUUGCAAAGUUACUUGCCCAGGAUAAGAGGAAACUUGAUGAAUUAGUUUUACUCACCAGGUUUUAAAUUACUUACAUCAGGGAAGACCUUGGACAACUAUUAAAUGUACAUUUAUGCAGUAAUAUCGUUUUCUGCUUAAAACCAUAGUUAUAUACAUUUCUUUUAAUCAUUCCUGUUAACACUUAAAAUAACCCCUGCAUGUAUUACACUAGUGUUUCAGCUGCAACUUUUCUAUUGAAAACUGUAGGAUGUAUACAGCGUUUUAAUGAAAACAUGAAUGUACUCUCUGGCACCUUCCAACUGAUAUUGCUGAAUAAGUUCUUUUAACUGAAGCUACACACCUACCCUAUUAUUCUAAAAUAGCAAUUAAAUUUAAGAUGUCUAGUUGCAGCAUUAUGUACAGUAUGUUGCUUAAAGUGUCCUGAUAAAGUACAUAAAAGUACAUGUUUUCCAUUAAUAUAGCACCUAUUGUACAGCUCUUUAGAUUAUAACAUCGUAAUGUACGGUAUUGAACCAGAUUGUCCUGGUAGCCUGCUUGAAUAGCUUUCUUGUUUUUCAUUAAUACAGUGAAUGUAAUACAUCUAUUUAAAACCAAAUUGAAAUGGUUCAUUACAUCAUAUAAUGUAUGGAGAGGUAACGGAGUGCCUUGAUAACCUGCUUUAGUAGCUGUUUUUAUCUUUUCCAUGACCACAGUAACUUUCGUAAAAAGUUGUACAUGUUCUUAAACCUCUGUAUACAGGAUGACUCCACGAUUACAUGUACUGCUCACGUUAUGUGACCAUAAAAGAUAAUUGCCUGUGCAUUUAUUUAUUUUUUAGCCGUGUUGAAAUUACAAACUUUGUUAUUGCUGCUGUUUAGUUAUAUGCUUGUUUAUUAAAUGUUCUUAUCAAAAACAACAUACAUAUUUACCUACCUUGUAUUUUGUAUCUCAUGGUUACUUGAACAUUUUAUGAAAUCAAAGGGUCACUAUAGGCACCCAGACCACUUCAACUUAAAGGACCACUCUAGGCACCCAGACCACUUCAACUUAAAGGACCACUCUAGGCACCCAGACCACUUCAGCUUAAUGAAGUGGUCUGGGUGCCAGGUCCCUCUAGGAUUAACCCUUUUUUUUAUUUUAUUUUUUAUAAACAUAGCAGUUUCAGAGAAACUAUGUUUAUAAAUGGGUUAAUCCAGCCUCCAAAGCCUCUAGUGGCUGUCUCAUUGACAUCCACUAGAGGCACUUCUGCAGAAAUGUGAUGUUCAGUAUAGUAUAGUAAAACUCUGUUUUCAACAAGAUCAUAUGAUUAACGCAGGGUGGUGUUCUGUCGGGCAUGCCCACUAUCUUUCCAAUGGUUUCAUGUGGGAAAGCUCUGGAUUGGCUGAGAUAAUCAAUCUCUGCGAUCUCCACCAUGGAGAUGCUACCAACCUCAAAGCGAACACCGCGAUGUGGGAGAAAAUGAAAAUAAGUUUACUGCCUAUCCCUCAAAGUACAUGACCGAUUAAACAGAUACAGGAUACUUUAGAGUUGGGCAUACAAAUGUGUGUUCCUUUAAUACACCGUGGAGAAUCAAAAAAGCAUUAUCCAAAUAGUCUUGUAUAUACACCUUUGGGCCCAAAGCAUGUGGGCACCACAUCCAUAUGAGUUUGUUAUACAUCCCCCCCCCCCCCUUUUUUUUUUUUAAAAAAGCAUUGGCAUUAACAUGGAGUUGGUCAAGUACCUUGUGUUGGAUGAGUAGGUAUGAAUCAAUCUGAGGUUCAGUUCAUACCAAACGUGUUCAUGGGGAUGUAGUCUUGGCUCUCUGCGGGCCACUCAAGUUCGGCCUAGUCGUCCAUGGGGUCCCAUUUCAGGAGGAUCACAAUGCACAGUAGUUAUGCUGAUGUUUCUUUUAGAGACUGAAACAUCAGAACGCUAAAAUUAUAAGUGAUGUCCAUGUACUUUUGACCAUGUAGUGUAUUUGAUGUUUUUAAGAGAUUACUCAAACUUAUUUGGUACUUGGUGACUUAUAUUCUCCCAGUCUUAAAGGACCACUAUAGGCAAUGAAGUGGUCUGGGUGCCAGGUCCCCUCUAAUUUUAACCCUGCAGCUGAAAACAUAGCAGUUUCAAAGAAACUAUGUUUACAUUGCAGGGUUAAUCCAGCCUCUAGUGGCUGUCUCCCUGACAGCCACUAGAGGCCGCUUCCGUGAUUUAAACGGAGCAAAUCACACUUAUUUGACGCUGGACGUCCUCUGGGUGGGUUUGAAUGCGCACGUGGGCAUUCAGCUCCACUCAGAGGGAGCCCGGCGCUGGAUUAAGGUAAGCAAAUAAAUGGUUAACCCUUUAUUAGCCGCGGUGACUAGGGCUCUAUUGCGUUGGGAAUACAAAAAACGUUUCUUAAGUAUUUUAAUUCCUGUUGACUUUCUAUUUAAACACUAUGUGGACUUUGCACUUUAUGCAUUCAUCCUAAUCUUACUAUAACGUUGUGAGGAUUUGUCUGUGACUGUAGUUUUUGAAUAUUGUGCUCACCCCUUCCCAUAAAUGAUUUUAAUGCAAAAUUAAACCACAUUUGGGUUUACCAUUAGCAACUAUUUAAAGCCAUGCUAACUUGACUAAACAGUCUGUAUGGCUGUGCAAUGGUGAUGAACAAAACUGAUUAUGGAUGGCAGUCGGCAAUGCUGUUCACGCAAGUAAUUGUUGCAAAGCGAAUUAUAGAAAAUGUGGACAUUUAUUUAUAUAUAAAUAAAAUAUAUAUAUUGUAUUUACAUUUUUUGUUAAAGAUUAUUGUUGCCUGUUCUUUUUGCGUUUUGUUUGCACACACCUCUGGCACUCAGUGAGUUAACUGCAUUGGAAAUGAAGGAGUUUGUGAACCAGCAUUUUAACUAGUUCCAUGGUUUUUCCCGUUUUUCAUCGAGCUUGAACAUGCCAGUCCUCAAUCAAAUUAGCAUAACAGAUCAUUCUCAAGUAACAAAAAGUAAAGGGGGAGGGAGGUGGAGGUGGGGGGGGGAGUACCAGUCCCAUAAGGAGAUGAAGGGAAAUCCUUCUUCUCUAAUCGUCUGUGAAUACGUUUAUUCAGACCUGUCCGUGACUAGCUGCGGGAAGCACAGAGUUUUAUCCUUUCAGACUGUAACAACGUAUUGGUUUCCUCAUAAAAGUUUCCAUAUAGUUACUCAGAGAGUGUUAGAACAGACUGACAGGUGGAGAUCAGCACGACUGACUCUGUUGUAUUUUAUGCUAACCCAUUUGUAAUCUAUUGCCAAAAUAGUGUGUUGUGCGUUAAUUUAAAGGGACACUCUAAUCAGUAUAACCAAAAUGCCUUAUUGCAGUAGUUGUGGUGAAGUGCAGUCUCUCUAGUUUUUUUUGUUAAAUAAUUUUUAAAUGGCUUAAAUGGUUGCUCCAAGCACUGUGACUACUUCAGAGGUUUGAAGUUGGGGUGUCAUUAACCAGCCAGAAACAUAGAAUUUGACGGCAGAUGAGAACCAUCCGGCCCAUCUAGUCUGCCCAAUUCUCUAAAUACUUUCAAUAGUCCCUGGCCUUAUCUUAAGUCUAGGAUAGCCUUAUGCCUAUCCCACACAUCUUUUAAACUCCUUUACUGUGUUAACCUCUACCAUUUCAACUGGAAGGCUAUUCCAUGCAUCCACUACCCUCUCAGUAAAGUAAUACUUCCUGAUAUUAUUUUUAAACCUUUGCCUCUCUCAUUUAAGACUAUGUACAGCCUGAAACUGUCUAAUGCCUAAUGUUGCACAUAAUCUGUCAUUGGCUGGGAGCUUUCAGUAAAGUUUGUCAUUGGCCCACCAGAGAGUAUCAGAGCCCAGGUGAGAGGACAAAUCAUUGCUAAAAAGUUUAGCAACAUUUUUUUUUUUUAUUGAAACUGAAAAUAUAUACAAGAAUCUGUAAAUGCUGUAAGGAUCUUAGUAAGAAGCACUUUUAUAAAUAGUCACAAACUAUCUUCUGUGUCUUCCAACCAUAAUAUUGACUACACAUACUACACCUGAAACUUUUCGCAACUUCACGCCCGUUUUUUUGUUUUGUUUUACUGCAGAUUACAGAACUCAUUAUGCAAAUGUUAUGUCUGUCUCCGAUUUAAUGACUGUGAAAAUAGGUCUUAUUUUUGAAAAAUUAUUAGUUGCAGUUUUUUUGUGUCAAUCAUAUUUAUUGAAAAUAUUUUCCAUGAAUUCCGUAAGCAUACGGCAAGUAAAACAGUAAAAAGUACAAGACCUGUAUGAACAUCAAAACAAUUGCAAUUAUUUCCCGCCUUUGAUAAUCCGGAAUGUGCCUCCGUGCGGUCUUAAGCCUUCGGCAGUGGUCGUGUGGAAAGUCGGUCAGUCAACGGUCAAUACAGUGUAUGCCAUCCAACCCCGCGUCUGCGUGAGCACCAUACGGUGCGCAUCAUGAGCUUAAUUGUCAACCCUUAUGAGUGGUCUGUCCUGGGGGCUAUGGUAAGCAUCCGGGCCUUGUUGUCUAGUUGCGCUCCGGAUCACCUAGCUCCGUAUGUGAGAGAAGAACCGACCAACCUCUGGUAAAUGGAGGUCAGCCUGGUACCCGUAAGCCCCUCCUUAGCAUGUAUGUCUAGGAGGGUGACCGCCUCCUCGGCUGUGACAGCGUGAUCUGUCCGUGCCAGACGUGUCCGACAUGGGCUUCUGGGUAAAUUGUCCGUCUGAGGGUGUACCGGUCGAAGCCUGUCAGGUUCAGGGUUUCCGGACUAAGUGCAAGUAAAGAGAAAGAGACAGACAAGCGAGAGAGAGAGAGGAAAAAAAAAAGGGGAAAUAGUUUGCGAGAGGAGGGAGGUGGAGAUAUCGGGUAUAAGGGCCGUUGGUUCCCCCGGAGGUGCCCCGGUUUCUCGGGAGCACCCUGGGCUCCACAUGUCUGGUCUCACCCGUGGUCCCGUUGACCCUGGUAGGAACAGUGCUUCCAUGGUUCAUGCCACCCCGCCUGAGAUGUACUGCCUCCAUGGAUACCAAGUCAGAGCGCAUUUAUCCGUGUGCUCUCGCAGGGAGGCCGUCAGAAUCUCCAUGUCAUAGAUGGCCUCCACCUUGUCUAUCCAUUGUCUCAGAGUGGGAACUGAUGGACCUUUCCAGUGCAGGGGAAUAAGAGCUUUUGCUGCGUUUAAUAAGUGAAUUGUCAGUGAUUUUUUUUUUUUUAUAAGCCUGCGUGGGGGUGGGUGUAUGGUGUAGAAGCAUCGGUAGUGGUUGUAAGGGGAUGUCGUCCCCUGAAAUUUCCUUGAUCUUUGUCCUGAUCAUCUGCCAGUAUGGUUGGAUGCGGGGGCAUGACCACCAAAUAUGUAGGUUAGUGCCUCUCUCUAAGCCACAUCUCCAACAGUCGCCUGUGUCCGUCCCGUGUAUAAUUAGUUGCAGUUUUGUCUAAAAUACCUUGUCCUAAUCAAAAGAGAGGAUGCAAGCCUUGUGAAACAGUGAUGUCGUACAGUAAAAUUGAUUAAUUUUUUUAAUAUUGACAAAUGUUAAUCAUUAAAUGGACACCAAGCAAUAUAACCACUCUUAUUGUAGCGCAAGAAGUCUUUGGGUAAAACUAAUUUUGAGUAGUUUCACAAAACCUGUGGCUAUUACUUCUCUCUAAGCCUGGGUUCUGCAUUAUCUGUCAACAUUUGUUUGGCAGUGACUGGCUGCAAGGGAUGCACUUUGCGGACUCCCAGAAUCCAAAUGCCAGGGUUAUCUGCUUGAGUGAGAAUUCUUGGAAAUUAAAAGGGAAUUUCAAAUUUGAGGCCAAAGUAGUUGAACUGGAAACCUUUUCUUCUGCUACGCUUCUCGUUUGGCCACAUUGGCUUUACAUGUAAAAUCACAUUGAAUUUCUUAGAUUAGUCAGUAAAUGUACAUAUUUUAUGUGAUUUGUCAUUCAGUAUAAUUUGUAAGGAAAAUGCGGAAGUAAAACCACAUUAUUUGGGUGGAAGCAGAGGAAUCUGGCUUUAGGUGCUGGGAGAGCGUUUGUGUCUCCCCAGUUUUUGUAAGUUAGCCACUGACCUAGUUUGACUGCACACAAACAAUCCUUGACCCAAAACUACUAUAAGUUUGUUUUUUCACAGUUUUCUUUUAGUAUGUGCUGUACACAUUAAUGUAUGAGGCAUCACUAUCCCUAAAGCAGCAAUGUCAGGGGGCAAAAUAAAAAAACUAAAAAAUGAGUGUCACUUUAAUGAUCAUUUGGUUAUCAAACCCAGCCAAAGCAUCACAUUGACCACUUAACCAGCUUCAGUGCGUAUGGCCGUCCAGGGCUUCUCUAACAUUUCUUUAGGGUUGGCUUCUUUGGUGGUCUCCCCCCUGUACAGCAGCUAUGGGUGGUCCUAUGCUCAGGUUUAGGACUUUUUACACCAAAUUUCCCCCCAUUUUUCACAUGCUUGGACCAAUACAGCAUACACAAGGAUUGCUGUUCUAGUAUCUUGCCAUAUGUAUUUUCUUUUUUGACUUCAUUAAGUGUGCAUUUUUUCGAUUAAUUCUUCUUGAUGUAUUUUUGGGGAUUCCUUAUGAGUGCGCAUCAACAAACUUGUCCUGUGUCAAGUAUAAUUUUGAUAACCGGUUCCUUACUGGAGGAGUGUAUAUUUUAUUUAAAGGAACAUUCUAGCAUAUGGAAUACAAACAUGUAUAUCUUGAUGUGUCCAUUCGGCCUAUAUCGUGUUGGUCUCCAUGAUGCCUUUUUUGGCUGAGAUUUUGAAGACUUCCCAUGGGGAUGCAUUAAUAGGCCUGUGAGCAAGCUCUAGGAGCAACAUUUGAUUUAGAACAGAGUUUGAGUUGGUCAUCUCAGAGAAGUGCCUCUUGUAGAUGUCUUCCUGAAAGCCACUAGAGGCGUGUUAGCCCUGAAAUGUAAACAUUGCUGCUAAUUGAGAAUGGCAAACAUUUAUGUUGCACGAUUUAAAAGAUGGACACUGCACCAUGAACACUUUAUAGAGAUUAAGUAAUAUGGGUCCUUAUCAUAAAAAGCAAUACGUUUCAUAUGCAAAAACAUGGCAAAACAUUAAGUGUAUGAGAUAGAUAGAUAGAGAGAUAUCCAUAUGUUUUACCUUAAUCAAAAUUAAACUAAAAAUAUAAAAGAAAACUAAAUUGGUAAGAAGGUGCGAGGUUCCUUGGUGGUCUGCACAUUCCAACCAAGGUUAGUGUCCCUUUAUGUUUCUCUAGAAACAAGUGUAUUGAAGUGUCUUGUGAAAGAAGUACUUACUGGUUCAUCAUUUAAUUUGUGUUCAAAGUUACAGGAGGUUAGUGCAGAAAUAAAGAGUAGUGAAAACAAGGUGUACUAGAAGGUAUAGUUUACAAAAGCAUGUAACUUAUAUCUUCCCAAAAUCAACAGUAUCCCAGAUACCAAUUAGACAAAAUUUCUGAACUGUAAGGAGGAAGUUACACUGAUCAGCUACAACAUUAAACUACUGAAAGGUGAAAUGAAUAACCAUUAUUAUAUCGUUACAACGGUACAUAUCAAAGGGUGGGAUAUAUUAGGCAGCAAGUGAACAGUCUGUUCUUGAAUUUCAUGUGUUGUAAGCAGGAAAAAUGGGCAAGCAAAAUGAUCUGAAUGUGAUGGCUAAAUGACUGGCUCAGAGCAUCUCCAACUAAAGUCUUGUGGGGUGUUAACGGUAUGCUGUGGUUAGUACCUACCAAAAGUGGCACAAGGCUGGACAACUGGUGAACUGAUGUCAUGGGCACCCAAGCAAGGCUCUAGCUAAAGCUAGGCCAUCUGGUCCGAUCACACAAAAGCGUUACUGUAGCUCAAAUUGCUGAAAAACAUAAUGUUGGCCAUGAUAGGUGUAAAAACACACAGCGAAUCGCUUUUUGCUAUUUAUGGGGCAGUGUAGCCACAGACCGGUCAGAGUGUCCAUGAUGACACAUGUUCGCCCGCAAAAGCGCCUUCAAUGGGAAUUGGACCAAUGGAAAAAGGUUAACUGGUGUGGUGAAUCACGUUUUCUUUUAGAUCAGGUGGAUGGCCAGGUGUGCAUGCAUUGUUUACCUGAGAUGGCAGCAAGAUUCUAAAUGGGGAAAAAAGCAGGCUGGUGGAGGCAGUGAUGUGCUCUGGGCAAUGGACUUUUGACACAUUACUCCUUAACAAGAGAUUGUUGCAGACCACGUUCACACCUUAGUGAAAAUUGUGUUACAACCCACAGUGGCCUCUUUCAGCAGAAUAAUGCACCCAGUUACAUUGCAAAAAUUGUUUAGGGCUGGUUUGAAGAACAUGACAAAGAGUUCAAGGUUGCCUUAGCCUUUAAAUUCCCUAGAUCUUAAUCCAACUGAAUAUCUGUGGGUUAUGCUGGAGAAACAAAUCCAAUUCAUGGUCGGCCCUACCUCGCAAUUUACAGAACGUAAAGGAUUUCCUGAUAAUGUCUUGAUUCCAGAAACCACAGGACAUGUUGAGAGGUCUUGUGGAGUCCAUACCUCAAUGCAUCAGCUCUGUUUUGGCAGCAGGAGGGCAACCUACACAUUAUUAGGCAGGUGCUUUUAAUGUGUUGUGUUGUGUGUGUGUGUGUGUGUGUGUGUGUGUGUGUGUGUAUAUAUGUAUAUGUAUGUAUAUAUAUAUAUAUGUAUGUAUAUUAUGCUAUUAUUCAUGGCAGCAUAUACACAUGGGUUAGCUCCUCCCCUACAGCCAAUAGGACAGGAAAACCACCAAGGUUUUAAAAGGAGGCUCCAUCCCUAAGGUCCUCAGUCAGUUUACAAGCUCUACAGUACAUAAAUAGAGACAUUAAUGGGUGGGAAGUAUAUGCUGCCAUGAAUAAUAGCCAGGAAAAGAAAAUUACGGUAAGUAUGAAUAAAUUUUCCACUUUCCUGGCUAAUCAUGGCAGCAUAUACACAUGGGGAAUACCCAAGCUUACAAAGGCAGGGACAGAAUAGUCAAUCAAAUUAUCAGAAUAAUUCAACAUAGAUAGAAGAAUGAACUGAGUUAAUUACUUGAGUACCAAAUUGUGCAUCAUAGACUGUUUUAACGAACAGUAUGAAAAGCCAGACAAACGUGUCUAAAAGAGGUUCAAAUGCUAGCUUACAAAAAGUGUCAGCAGAAGCCAUUGCCAUAGCAACCCAUGAUGUUGCAACAGCAUGAGAGGAGAGUGCCCUGAUACCCUCCAGCACAGGUAAAGAACGGACGUGACAUCCAAAUUGUGCCUCAUUAAUUGCUUCAAUGUUCAAUAUGUAAUGCAGGACAAACUAGUUCAAAUGCCAACUUUACAAAGUUUCAGCAGAGACCAUUGCCAUGGAAGCCCACGAGAUGCUGUAACAGCACUAGUGGAGAAUGCCCCAAAUCCUUUGCUACAGGUAGAGAACAGCAUUAAAAGGCUCUCACUUUAGGCACGAUCACUGGUGCUACAUGCAAGACAACCAUAUCCUGUUGAAAUUCAGUGAAUGGGGGUACACAGGAUCAAGCCUGGAGUUCACCCAUUUCCCUUGCUGGGGUACCAGCCACCAGCACUUUCUGUGCUACCACCAUGGAAGCUCCUUCUAGAGGUUCGAAUAAUGAUUCAGUCAGGGCCCGUGAGACCAGUGGUACGUCACAUAUUGGCUUCACCACACUCAGUGGAGGCAUGAUUUCAAUGAAUGCCUAUAUGAAGCAAAGUGCAGCUAAGUGUUCCGCUAGAGUGUUAUAACACAGAACCUUUCAAGGCCUGAACGAGGAGUAAUUCCAACAGACAAAAGCAUGUCAAGAUUAGUAAAGCCUGUAUAGGAUUGUAAGAGGAUCUCAAUGACCGUCUCAGGGAUGCCUAUACUAAUAUGGACUCCCGCAUCAACACCAGAACUUGAGGAUCCUGGUGUGUCAUGGGGCCUUGUAAUAGGUCUGGACGUACAGGAAUUUCCCUUGGAGGUUCCAGAAUAAUCUUAUUCAUCAUAAGAAUUAGAGUCAACACGGUCUUCCACUGUCACCUUUUGCAUUGCCUUUUUAAGAAGGUCGAAAACAGGAAAAUAUGUACAUCAGACUAAAAUUCGAAAUUUGAGCCAGUGUAUCCUGAACCUGAGCAUUCUAGUCCUAGCAUGUAAAAAAUACUUCUGGACCUGGUAGUUCCAAGAAAUGGCCAUCAGAUCUAUGUAGGGUAUCAGACAAUCUGCGUCAACCACGAGGAUACGUCAGGGCAUGGUUGCCAAUCCACCUUGUCCACAGUUAUUCGGCUCCAGCAAACAGCCAUGGUAUUCUGAGCCACUGGUUGUUCUUCUGUGCCCUGAUCAUUAUGGGCUGGAAUUCUAUCAAUAUGUAUCUGUGAGACCCAUCUUGGUAGAUAUAGGAUACAGUUGCAUUGAUAUUUGAGCAAAUUUGGACCCACUCGUUCUUCAGCAAGCCUCUUAAGUGAAGAGACUUGAAAAUUACUCAAUUCCAUACAAAUGAAUGGAAAUAUUGUGCAACAUGGUCCAAACACUGUGCAACCAAUCUUAUAAAAACUGGAAUUCGAGCUAAUAAUUGACCAAUGAGGUUCUGUUCACUGGAAACUCAGAGAUCUAAUCCCUCUUUCAGCUGCCAGGGUAAGGUGCAACUCCACUGAUGGGGACAUAGUAAGUGGCUGGCUCCAAUAAUCUUUCUCUUGUUAGACCAAGAUAGGAAGGAUCUGUAAGGAAUCCAGAGAUGCCAUUGGGCCCAUCUGACAAGUCUGCUGAUGGAAGCCAGGAUUCCUAGUAGUUGCAUCUAUUUUCUUGCUGUUACCAGGCAGAAAUGAAGAAACUGGGAGAGAAAACCUUUACAAUCCGUGGAACUGUUCCUGAGAUAGGGAAAAGCAGAGCCUAGAAUUUUCCACUCAGGAAUGUCAUCCACUGAGCUGGUCUGAAACUGCUUUUCUUGAUAUUCAUCAAGCAUCCAAACUUUAGGAGUUAUGAAAGAACUAUAUACCUACGUGUGCCUGCCUUCUGAGGGUCUAAGGCUAUCAGAAGUAGAUCCUCCAGAUAAUGGAACCAGGUGGAGUUCUGGACUCUCAAUAACAUUAUAAGCACAUAGAAAGAUUCUUGGGGCCGCAUUGCGGCCAAAUGGUAGGGCACUAACAUGGAAGUUCUCUUCUGAGCUAAUGCCGAAGAUCUCUGCAGAUUGGACUGAAAGUAAGCAUCCUUGAGAUAUAUAGAGGUAAGGAAAAUAUCCUUCCAGAUUGCUUGAGAUAUGGAUCUGAUUGACUCCAUCCCAAAGACUCUAACAUUCAGCCUCUUGUUGGCCCCUCUUAGGUCCAGUGUAGGCUUUCAUGUGCUUUUCCUCUUAACACCAGAAGAGAGGCGAAACUUGUCCCUGGAACUGCUCUUGUUCUUGGACCUAAAAAAAAAAAAUCACCUCUUCGUCCAGAAGGCUUCUUCCUUCAGUGCUUUACCUUUGGAUUCAUUGGUCUUAAUACUGUUGGUAUGGAGACUCCUGUGCCCAUUAAGAAAAAACUCCAGUCUAUAUCAAUCUGGACCAUGGAUACCACUCAAGCCUCCAGAGUAUGACAAGCCCAGGUAUGUGUGAUCAGAAAAAUUAGGCUCCUAGUACUGGAGGGGAUAUUUUCAUUGCUGAAGAGCAAAACAACUGCGUUCUAGCUCCAUUAGAACCUUGAAAGGCAGGUUUACCUACUGCCAUGAGUUACUUCUGGAGUAUUCCCCUUUAUUUUAGGCACUUUCUGGCAAUUGCCCUUAUCCAAGAUGGCUGCCGCAACUUGUAUUCCCACAAUGCAAGUCAUCUGUAUUAGGCCCAAUAAGGCACAAACUGCCCACAUGUGGGCCUAUUCCGAGUGUGUUUGCUGUUAGAGACCAGGGAGAGGACUCUGUCUGAAGCAUACCUGGCCCCUAAACACCCAGGGAACCAGGAAUAAAUCACUGGGACCAAGGGAAAGCAAAAUAGAUAACAAAAGUGCCUGCAAGGAAGUUUAAAAGGCAACCAGGUGCAAAAAGUCAAAGUUUAAAGGCACCACAGUCUAAAGGCCUCAAGGUAUAAAAGGUAACACAGUUUUCAAAUCUAACAGUUUCCAAAAUGUAACAGUUUUUAAAAUAUAUCAGUCUUCAAAUGCACUGCAGUUUUCCAAAUGUACUGCGGUUUCCAAUGACUUGCGGUAUUACAUGCAACAGUAUUAAAUGCAAAUUUAAAUGAAACUGUUUUAAAUGCCACACAGCUUAAAUGCUUCCUAGCAAAAGCACAACCGCAUAAUGUACCACAAUCUUAAAAAUAAGGUACAGCUGUACAAUGCACUCGUUUAACCCCUUAAGGACACAUGAAAUGUGUGACAUGUCAUGAUUCCCUUUUAUUCCAGAAGUUUGGUCCUUAAGAGGUUAAAGAUAUCAAAGCUUAAAUGCAUCACAGCAUAAAAGCACAACUGCAUAAUGUACUACAGAAAAACAGCAAAUAAAGUAAUGAAAAUAAAAUAACAUACAUGUCCAUAAGUAAAGGGAGCAAAUUGCUCACGUCCUAAGGGCUGUAGGACAGGAAAAAGACUGAGGACCUUAGGGAUGGAGCCUCCUUUUAAAACCUUGGUGGUUUUCCUGUCCUAUCGGCUGUAGGGGAGGAGCUAACCCAUGUGUAUAUGCUGCCAUGAUUAGCCAGGAAAUAAAUAUAUAUAUAUAUAUAUAUAUAUAUAUAUAUAUAUAUAUAUACACCCCGAUCAGCCACAACAUUAAAAGCAUAUAUAUAUCUCAUUAAAGUGAACCUGUUAAGGAAAGAUUUACUUACCUAAAAUUUAUCCCAGAUAGAUUUAAAUACGAGAUAUAUCUCAAAGAUACAUGAUGUGUUCAAUGUAAAAUUUCGAACUAUGCUCCCCUGCACUGCCAUAGUUUUGAGCUUUAUGGGCCUUCCAUCAUUGACUCCUCCUGCUGUUUCCUGGGAUUUGCUCUGUAGAUGCUUCCAUAAGCAGGUCAAGCCUUGUUCGUAAAGCCGACCCACUAGCUUUGUUGCCAGCAUGCUGGAAAAUUGAGUGAUGUUGGUUACUCCACUCCUAUACUCCAUAGCCAGUGAUAGCAGCAUCUGGUAAGAAGAUUUCAUCAUAACUAUCAUGCAUGCAUUGUGGAUGCUAUGCUUGGGAGAGCAGAAGGGCUGGGCUGCCUGUGGAUGAUCUAUCUGUAGAGUUGAGGGGACACCUGGAUGUUUGAGUUCGGGACUCGAACUUGACCACGAACCCUAUUGAAGUCAAUGGGGACCUGAACUUUUGGGCACUAAAAUGGCUCUAAUAAAAGUCCUGGAAAGGGCUAGAGGACAGCAAAAGGAAGUAAAAUGGGGGUAAGAGUAGGACAAGUGCCCUGCAAACAAAUGUGGCUAGGGAAAUCACUUAAAAUACAUCAAAAUUAAAAAUAAACCUCUUCCUCCUCCUCCUGCCUUCGCCUUGUGCUUCCACUGAGCCCCCGGUGUCAGUUGGGAAUGCCCUCAGCAGCGUGUCUACCAGCGUGCACUUGUAGUAUCGCAUCUUCAGAUCACGCUCCAGUGAGGGAAUUAAGGACGGCACGUUGUCCUUGUAACGGGGAUCCAGCAGGGUGGCCACCCAGUAAUCAGCACAAGUUAGAAUGUGGGCAACUCAGCAGUUGUUGCACAGGCACUGCAGCAUGUAGUUGCUCGUGUGCCAGGCUGCCUAGAGGCAAGGACAAGCUGUCCUCUGUGGGAGGUGUAUCGUCUGUAUCCCGCCAGCCACGCUCCAGCGAUGCCUAUGAGCUGCGUUGGGUGCCACCCUGCUGUGAACACGGUUCCUCAUCCUCCAGAACUGUGCCCUGGCUGGACAAUUGUGUACCUGGCCUAUGCUGGUGCAGGAACCCACCCUCCGAGCCACUUGUGAAUGACUGGCAUGAUAACCAUGGAAAUUACCCCUCUUCCUCCUCCUCUUCUUCCUGUGCCACAUCCUCUUCCAUCAUCGCCCGAAGCCUUUUUUCAAGGAGACCUAGAAGCGGGAUAGUAAGGCUGAGAACGGUGUCAUCGGCACUGGCCAUGUUGGUGGAGUACUCGAAACAGCGCAACAUGGCACACAGGUCUCGCAUGGAGGCUCACUCAUUGGUGGUGAAGUGGUGCUGUUCCGCAGAGCGACUGACCCGUGCGUGCUGCAGCUGAAACUCCACUAUCUCUCCAGCAUGUGCAAGGUGGAGUUCCACCUUGUGGGCACGUCACCUAUGAGGUGGUGAGCGGGAAGGCCGAAGUUAUGGUGCAGCGCAGAUAGGCAAGCAGCAGCAAGGUGGGGAACGCCGAAAGCGUGCCCUUUCUACAGCAGCUAUGAUAUAUCUGGGUAGUUUUUCAGGAAUUUCUGCACCACCAAAUUCAGCACAUGCGCCAGGCAAGGGAUGUGCGUCAAACCGGCUAGGCCCAGAGCUGCUACGAGAUUUCGUCCAUUAUCGCACACCACCAGGCUGGGCUUGAGGCUCAGUGGCAACAACCACUCAUCGGUCUGUUGUUCCAUGCCCGUCCACAGCUCCUGCACGGUGUGGGUUUUUUCCCCCCAAACAUAUGAGUUUUAAAACAGCCUGCUGUCGUUUCCCCCUGGCUGUGCUGAAGUUGGUGGUGAAGGUGUUACGCUGACUGGAUGAGGAGGAAGCGGAGUAGGAGGAGGAGGCAAAGAGAAAUGCCCUGCAAUCCUUGUGGGCGGAAGGACAUGCGCCAAACUACUAUCCGCCUUAGGCCCAGCCGCCACUACAUUUGCCCAGUGUGCAGUUAGGAAGAUAUAGCGUCCCUGCCCGUGCUUACUGGUCCACGUAUCAGUGGUUAUGUGGACCUUGCCACAGAUGGCGUUGCGCAGUGCACACCUGAUUUUGUCCGCCAAUUGGUUGUGCAGGGAAGGGAUGGCUUUCCUGGAAAAGUAGUGGCGGCUGGGAACCACGUACUGUGGGACAGCCACAGCCAUCUGGUUUUUAAAACUGUCAGUCUCCACCAGAUGGAAUGACAGCAUUUCAAAGGCCAGAAAUCUUGAAAUGCUGGCAUUCGGGGCCAGGGAUCGCGGGUGGGUACGGGGGUACUUCCUCUUUCUCGCCAGUGUUUGAGAGAUGGACAGCUGAACGCUUCCAUGGGACAGUGUGGAGAUGCUUGGGGAUGGUGGCAGACAUGGUGACGUUGCUGCCACAUCCUCUGUUUGCAGGGUGGAAGGUGCCACUGUCACUCCAGAGGUGGAGGAAGAGGCAGAGGAAGCAGGAAGAGCAUGAGACCUUUCUUGGCUUUUGAGGUGCUUACUCCCCUGCAGCUCGUGCUUUGCAUGUAGAUGCUUGUUCAUGCAGGUUGUGCUCAGGUUUAGAACCUCGCUUCAGGCUCUGAUUGUACAGCAUGCAAACCACUCGUGUCUUGUCGUCAGCACAUUGUCUGAAGAACUGCCACGCCAGGGAACUCCUUGGAGCUGGCUUUGGUGUGCUUGGUCCCUGGGUGCGGUGGGCAGUGGCAGGCGUACUGUCUAUGGGAUGGCCGCUCUGCUUUUGCACCCUGCUCCCUCUUAUGCUGUGCUGGUGCCUCUGUGCAACCACCGCCUCUUCCUCCAAACUGCACACGUCACUCGCAUGACCUUGAUUCAUCAUCCUCCACAUCAUCUUCCACUCACUCCUCAACCCUGCCCUCCUUGCCGGUCUGCAUGCUGCAGAAAGCCACAGCAGUUGGCACCUGUAUUUCGUCGUCAUCAGAGACAUGCUGCGGUGGGCCUCGCUUGUCCACAUCCUGAAACAUAAGUGGUUGUGCAUCAGUGCACUCAAUCUCUUCCACUUCUGGGGCAGGGCUAGGUAGAUGGCUCACGGAAACCCCACCAGCAGUCAUCAAAAAGACACUGCUGCAUGACUUGUGGCUCAGACUGCUUGGCUGAUUUGCAAGGGGGUGAGUUGAAAGACAGAUGGCCAUGGGCUGCAGGUGCCAACUCUGAGCUUUCAGCAGGGGACCGGGUGGGAGACAAUGUGAAGGAACUGGAGGCACUGUCAGCCAUCCACUCUACUAUCGCCUGUACUUGUUCUGGCCUCACCAUUCGUAGAGCGGCAUUUGGACCUACCAAAUAACGCUGAAGGUUCUGUCACCUACUCGCACCUGAGGAAGGUGUUUCACUUGUGCGUGUAACUGGCACAUAUCGACCACAUCCUCUCCCUGCAACAGGAGCUCCAUUAACACCAGUAGUCAACAAUUAAGUUCACUGACGGUAAGACAGUGCCGGUGUCCUAAAGAGAAGAAAAUUCUAGUGGUUACACAACAGUGUGACAGGCAUAAUUAAUAGUUAAUUCACUGUCUCAAAAAAUUUGACUUUGUCAAACAACAAUGGAACAGUAGUAUUUAACGGUUUUAUUGGACUGCAAGAAAUGCACCGCAGGCCGCAAAUGUACUAUUUAGCACCCAAAAAAUUAGAAUUUUGCAAAGUGCAAUGUAACCACAGUAUUUGAUGUUUCUAUUUGACUCUCAGAUAUGAAGUGCACGCCCCAAAUUUACUUUUUAGCACAAAAAACUGUAUUCGUCAAACUGCAAUGUCACAACAGUAUUUGCCGGUUCUAUUUGACUCUCUAUUAUUAUUAUUAUUAUUAUUAUUAUUAUUAUUGCUAUUUAUAUAGCGCCAACAGAUUCCGUAGCGCUUUACAAUAUUAUGAGAGGAGAUUUAACUAUAAAUAGGACAAUUACAAAAAACUUACAGGCACGAUAGGUUGGAGAGGACCCUGCUCAAACGAGCUUACAUUCUAUAAGAGGUGGGGUAUAAAACACAAUAGGACAGGAAAUAUCAAAUAGGGUGGGAGUAGAGCAGUGCUGGAGGAGAGAGUAGAGUGCUGCCCUUUAGGAGAGCGCAAGAGACAGGUAUGUGAGGUAGAGGUUAGUCUGGGAGGCAUAAGCUUUCCUAAAGAGAUGGGUUUUAAGGUACUUCUUAAAAGAUGCAAGACUAGUGGAGAGUCUGAUGGUGGUAGGCAGGCUAUUCCAUAGGAAGAGAGCCUCCCGCGAGAAGUCCUGCAAGCCUGAGUUGGCCGUGCGGUGCGAACAACAGACAGGAGGUGGUCACGGGCAGAGAGACCUAGAAAGGACAUACCUAUGGAUCUGUGAAGAGAUAUAGGAGGGGCUAGAGUUGUUCAGUGCUUUAUAGGUGUUAAUUAGUACCUUGAAUUGACUCCUAUGGCAUAGAGAGAGCCAAUGGAAGGCCUGACAGAGGGGUGAGGUGUGAGAGAGCCGACUAGAGAGGAAAUCAGUCUAGCGGCAGCCUUCAUUAUGGGCUGUAGCGGUGCAGUACGGCGUUUGGGAAGACCAAGCAGGAGAGGGUUACAAUAAUCCAUGCGGGAAAUUACUAGGGCAUGAAGUGCACGCCCCAAAUUUACUUUUUAGCACCAAAAAAAUGUGAAUUAGUCAAACUGCAAUGUCACAGCAGUAUUUGACGGUUCUAUUUGACUCUCAGAUAUGAAGUGCACGCCUCAAAUUUACUUUUUACCCCCAAAGAAAUGUCAAUUUGUCAAACUGCAAUGUCACAGUAGUAUUUAAAAAUGCCUAGGCGGAGCUUGACCACCAACCUGACGACGCCAUGCUGAUAAGCUCCUCCGAGCAACAUCGAAAAUCCACGGAUAUCCCAUAAAAGAGAGCCCAUCCAGCCCUAAAAAGUGGAUAGCUGAACACACCAACACCCCCUGAGGCGACAGAUGCCUUUUUUUUCUUGCACCCAACCAGCCGAAGCGGAGAAAGAAAACCGGGGCCUACCCCACGCUGACACUACCAGUCCUGGAGGCGCUAGUUACACAACAAGUAAGAAACUAUCCCCCCCCCCCUACUGACACCCACGCCCAAAUGCCAGCUAUGGGCCGCCGCUACCAGAAAUCGGGGGCGUCGGAUCACAGGGACAUAGACACUGUUCCAACGACCGGCACAGCCCAAAACUGCACCCGCGGAAACCCUGCGACCAACCAGCCACACCUACCCAGGAGAAGAAACGGGGUCGGACCGCUUACCAGCCGCCCAAUCGAGGCCGCAUGAAAUCCCCACUGACUCCACACCGACAACCAGGCAGGACCUAAAGGACCUACUGUCAGACUUCCACAAAAUUCUGGAACUCGCACCAAUAAAACAUGACAUGAAGGCCAUCACUGACCGAGUGCAGGCCUCAGAAACAGAUAUAGCAGAUAUGCGAAUGGACAUCUCAGAACUCCAGAACUCACUGCAGCAGGUCUGGUCCCACCAGAACACCAUGUCCACACAAAUAACGGCAAUGGCAGACCGUCUCCGUCUAUCCAAUAUAAAAAUAAGGGGCAUUCCCACGGCAGUAACAGAGGACGAACUGCCUCACUAUGUUAGGCGCCUACUGGCCUCUAUCCUGCCUCACACAGUAGCUAAAAAGCUGACGGUGGAGGGGAUCUACCGCCUACCUGGACCCGCGGGGGGACCAACUAACAUGGCAAGAGACGUCAUACUAAGGUGCCUCACAGUGCACGACAAAAUCCUCAUUAUGUCCGCAAUUAAAGGCAAAACGCCUCUAUACUUUGAAGAGGCUCAUCUCUCGUUUUAUCAAGAUCUCACAAAGGCAACCCUCCUCUGGCGCAAAACAUUCCAACCGGUAACAAGCCUUUUACGUUCAACAAACAUAAGCUACAGGUGGGGAACGAACGGAUCCUUAACGGUGACCCAGCUCCAGCGCGCACAACACGACUAGUGGAGGGGGACACGUAUACAGUACCAACUAUCCCACAACUGAAAUCACUCAAACUCCUCCUACACAAACCAACUAGCGGGCACCCUAAAACACCCACACUCCAUACCUCCCCGACACUCCCUUGGUCAGGAGUGCUCACCCUGAGUGCAUAGAUUUAGUCAGGACACAGCCCUGAUUCCGGAUCCUGACAGCCAUGUCAUUUCGGAUACUACCUAAAAGACCACACUUACUCUAUGCACAUACUGCAGCCUAGUCAAGCACGCACAUACGCAAAUAUAUGUUGCAACUCUGGCCUGGUAACGCUCACAGGCACCCCCAACAUAGGGACACAACACCCUUAGGUAAGAGGAGUAACAAUACGCAGCCACACAUCCCUCAAACAUAGGGAAACCCGCAAGUCACCUAAGUUUCUGCAAGCACAUUAAGAUGUAAAUUGUGUAAGUCCUUACUGUAUACUCCCUAACACCAAUACGGCACAUUUCCCUAAUAUGACCCUCCAUACCUUGUGCUGGAACACAAAGAAUCACACAAGAGAUUAGCGUAGUAAGGGACUAGAAUUGAUGUAGUCAGGGCCAGUGCAGUAACUUUGAUUCUCCUUUGCAAGUCUACCAAGUUACACACACGCCUUACAACCAAGCGAUUUAGGCAUUUAUGGAAUUAACAUGGCCUCACCUCCUCCCGUGCCAUCGCGGGAUUAUAUUUUUGUUGUUCUAUGUUGCCUAACAUUAGCCAAAUCGAUAUGCCAGCAAAGCCACCUCCAACUGAGAGUCAGGGUUGGCUGCUGGACCUAUGACUUUAUUAUUUUCAUCAUCUUUAAUCAUAAAAACUGUGCAUAUUUUCUUAUGUACCUCUAUGUCUAAAUGUUUAUAUACCAAAUUGGAGGAUUGCCUUUGGGGUACCUCCCAACUGUCUGUUAUGAGCUUUUGCACUACAAAAAUAAAGAAUUUAUAAGGAAAAAAAAAUAAAAAUGCCUAGAUGUUGCCCACUGAGCUACCAGAACAGUAUUAAAGUAAUGUGCCUGGCCCACCUAACAAACAGACUGCUUAUUUCUCUGUGGCACUGGGCUCAGGGCAGGGUACAAAAAUGUAGUAUAGCACCCACAAAAAAUAAUCGCUGUAGUUUGCAGAUUCAGCACCAGAAUUCUUUCCUAAUCUGUCCCUCACAGCUACAGCAUCCUCUCCCUACACUAAUAAGCGCUACGUGACUCCAGCUUAUAUAGAGGCUGGGUCACAUGCUGCACUGGCCAAUCACAGGCAUGGCUGUGAUGGCUUCUAAGGGCACACGAGUCAAACGCUUGUUGAUUGGCUGCCCUGCAGCUUUUCAAAACGCGCCAUUAAAUCACCGAACCCGAACUGUUACUGAAAUGUCCUGGUUCGGGGUCGCUCAACUCUAUCCGCUUUUCCUUGUCCAUCAAAUCAGUGGCAAAGUGUUUAUGCCGAAUAUUAGACCUGUCAGAGAAAGACCUAUUUUUAACGUUUUUUUUUUUUCUUUUCUUUUUUUCUCCUUCUCCCAAUCUAUACUUUUGCUAGCACAAUGUAUAGACGGAAUGUAGUGGUCCUUAAGAGUCUUUUAAUAUAAAUUUUCUCUGUUUAUACUGGAAUAAAUGUCUUGUGUGCCUGUGUAUUUGGAUUUUCUCAUAUUGUACAUAGCUGACUCAUGUGAAUGUUCUUUACCUUUUAUUCUGAAGUGGAAAUGUACAAAUGGACAGCUAAUUCAGCUGAAGCUGCCUGCUCUGGAUACUGAAACAAUGCAGGCAAACGAAAGAUGCAAAUUCACAGCUGUGUGAGUUUCAGAAACUAUUGUUAAAUCAUCCCCUCCUCCCUUCUUUACCAAACUCAUUCCAAAACACUUGUGUAACCAUCUGGGGAUGAAAUUGUUCUUUUCUGCUCUUCUUUUCUGUACAGAGUAUGCAAGGAAUGGGGUGCCACACAAACAUUUGUUAAAAAUAAAAAUAGGUUGGCAUAUAGAGCGAAGGGAUACUAAUCUUUGUCCUUCAAUACAUUUUUAGUACAUUCAUGUUUAUUCAGUUAGACAUAGGUUGAAAAGAAAUGAAGAGAGGGGCUUGAUGGUUAGAAGUAUAGGAUUUGUCGCUAUUUCUUUUUUUGCAAAUCAUUUUUUUUUUUUUUUAUAUUAAGGUAAAUGCACAAAAUUGACAUGCCAGUCAGAAUUUUUUAUGUUUUCAAGAAUAUAUAUAUAUAUGUGUGUGUGUGUGUGUGUAGUGGAUGCAGUGAGAGUAUUUGAUUAGUGAAAGCACUGUGUGUGUGUUUAUAGUAAAAAUGAAAAUCCGAUGCACUCCCUUAUUCUACUAAACACCUACUUUGGUGCUGACUGAUUUUGCUAGUUUUAUUUAAAAAAAAAUAAUGGGGGUUUAGUUACAUUAUAUGACCAUACAUUGCAUAAGCCUGCCACAACGUCCAUGUACCCCAUAUUUGGCAGGUCCUACUCCAACAGCCAAAUGUCUGCUAAAUUAGCAACUUACUUGGGGAAAUACUUCCAUCUCGAGUUCUCUGCAGUACAGGGACAAAUAGGAUCCUCAGAUGAGGCACAUGUGACAGGGAGGGGUGCAGAACCAAGGAGCUGGCUAGAUUCCGAUGGUUUAGUAGAAGGGGGUUGCUUUGGUUUAGUAGAGGAGGAUGCUGGGGGAUUUUUUUAUACAAACAAGGGGUUGGCUGCACUCACCUGAACAUGCUUAAAUGGGGUUGGCUGCUGGGGGCCAAUAAGUACAGUAAAAAUUUAAAAAUCCAGCGCACUCACUUAUUAAAGUGUGUAUAGUUUAGUGAAUGCAGUGAUUGUUUAGCAAGCAUGUCAAACUGUCUGUCUGUGAGUGAGUGUGUCUGUCUGUGUGAGUGAGUGUAUCUGUGUGUGUGCUUGUGUGCCAGCGGGAGGUUUAGAUUUGGCACAGGGUGGUGGAGGGGGGUGAGUUUGACAUGCUUGGUGUGUAGUGUGUGUAUAUAAUGAAUGCAGAGUGUAUGUGAGUUUAGUGUGUGUAGGUAUGUAAUGUGUGUAAAAUGGGGGGUGGGUCUUUUUAUUUUAUCUAUUUUUUAAAUAUUUAAUUUAAGUUUAUUUUUUUUGUCUCUCCUCGCCCUGCUUCUUACUUGCCAGGGAGGGGGGAUAUGGCAUUCCCUGGUGGUCCCGUGGCAAGCUCUUACCUUUCCUUCAACUCCUGUCUAAGUCUCGUGGCCAGCGUGCUGCGCAGAGCGUUGCCAUGGUAACCCGUGGCAACACUCUGACGGCCACAUGACAAGCGAGAGAUAGACCGAGGAGCCGAAGGGAGCUGCUGGGAAGGUAAGUAAGAGCUUGCUGCGGGUCCUCCAGGACCGCCGGGUUUGUCAUGGGCCCGGCGGUCCUGGUCUGCAUUAUCGGCAAUAUCAUUAUCUCUAUAGGCAGAUACCGAUAUUGCCAAAAAUACCGAAUAUUGGCCAGACCGAUAAUCGGUCGAUCCCUAAUUCUUAACUGUCUUCGGUUUACCGUUUUGUGUACCAGUUAUGAAACAUUUACAUAGGGAAGUUGAAAACUCAUUUUAGAAUUUCCAAACUGCUAAAGCAGGGGUGCAUGUGUGAAAAUAAAGUAAAAUUGGAAAAUUAUAUAAAGAUGAGGGGUAUACCUUGUAUAUGUUUUUAAAUAAAAAAAGGAAAAGUUAAAAACUGACAAUAUACUGACUAUUUGCUGAAAAUUACUUUGUUUUAUGAUUGUGCAAAGAACGUCUGCUGAAAAAUAUGGAAAAAUUAGCAGCCAAUCAGUUGGAAGAAGUCAGUUUUAUCUUUGCCUAGCCAUAGAACACAGGAAAUGUCAAGUAAAUGUGUUGGUGAAAGAUAUAUUUUUUUUAAACUACAGCUUACCCCAAUUAUGCUUUGCAGAGCAGCAUGGAAGUUUUUUUUCAACCGGUAUCUAUCUACCUUUUGUCGAUCAUUUCUAAUAAUUUUGGGGAUAAAUGUUUCCGCUCAGUACUGAUUGCAAGCUCCUACAAGAAAAAAAAAAUUAUGUAAUAUACAAACACAACACUUGAAUAUAAACUUGCUUUAAAGUCCAGAAAAGUCUGACAAAAUGAAUGCCGACUUGCAGUGUAUGAUAUGACAUAAACCUGUGACAGCAAUGUGCAUAAUUUUAAUUUAUUCACGACAAUUUGACAUUAUGAACUUAAAUUUAUAGGCCAUGUUAUAUAAGGAGUUUAAGAUUGCGUGGCAUAGGCAUAAGGCUAUCCUAACUAUAAGAUAAGGCUAGGGACUAAUGAAAGUAUUUAGAAAAUUGGGCAGACUAGAUGGGCCGAAUGGUUCUUAUCUGCCGUCACAUUCUAUGUUUCUAUAUUAUUAGUGUUGUUUUUUUUAAAAUAGAAAAUGUAUAUAACUACUCCCAAUUCCCAGAGAUCAUUUUCAAUAUGUCUAACAUCUGAUGAUGGCAGAUUUUAAUGUCACUGGAACUGUAUCCUUCCAGUGUAAACUUGGUAGUGGAAGAACAAUACAGUUAAAAAGAGGGGAAAUAAAGCACUUUGGCAGCUACACUAAUUAGGGUAAAUGUAAGACUGCUGUAUGCGUCUUGAAGACUGAUUUGUGAGCAAAAUUUUCUUAAGACAUUCCUAUACACUACUAUUAUAUCCAAAUGCUGAAGACUCUCUUAACAAACUACAUAAAUAUGAAUUCAGUAAUACUGGAGGUGGAUGUGUGAAAUAUCCUUUCUAUACACUUUUUUUCUUUUUAUAUUUAAAGAUACAUCCUAUAUGAAAAAUAAAUUUGUGAUAUAUUGAUAUAACUUUAAAAGUAUUGGAAAAGUGUAUCCAACAAUAUAUAAAAUGUAUGUCUUUGUCCGAAUCCUAAAGGGAUAUAAAUAUACAGUCUCAAAGAUAGGCAUUAUGGGCACCCAGGCCACUUGAUCUCAUUGAAGUGGUCUGGUGCACGGUCAGUCAUUCCCUGUCCAUGCAGGAAACCUUGCAAACUUAAGCCUGCCUCUAGUGGCUGAAGGCCUAAUGCAUGCUUGCCAGUCAUGCACAUCAGGUUCUCCCUCAGCCCCUCUCCUUCCUUGAUCCAGCACGUAGAACUGUACAGCACGGAUGACAAAUAAGUAACGUAUUACCGGUCCUUAGAAUGGCCGGAUUUAACGUACAAAGAAUAGUCAAAAAUACUAGCCGAGGUCAGGGAACACAGAAAGGGACACAGCGAUGAGGAAAGCCAGGAGUCAGGAUACCAGAAUAUAGAGAAGUCAAUAAACAAAGCCAAAGUCAAAACCAGGUAGAAAACUAUAAACAGGAACGCGCUCUCAGACAACCACAAGGGAAACCACGACAGGGCACUGAGCAGGCUGAGAACUGGGCCUAAAUACCCCUCCUUUAGUUCUGAUAGGCUGUAACCGGCCUUUGACCCCAAAGUCAGUUACCAGGUUUCAUUUGCAUAAUUGCUGCUCAGCAUUAACCCUUCUGUGGAUUAGGUUGCUGCUCGGCACAACUUUUCCUGUGUGGACAGUAAAUGUCAUUAACCACAUUUCUAUAAGCGGAUGAAUAUGUGACAUUACCCCCCACCUGAAGAACGCCCACCGGGCGGACAGGACCAGGCUUGAGAGGAAAUUUAGCCUGAAAAGCACGGAUCUUACGGCCCGCAUGCAGGUCAGGAGCCGAAACCCAAGAACGAUCAGCAGGACCGUAACCUUUCCAAACAACCAAGUACUGUAAAGUGCCCCGAGAAAACCUAGAAUCCAUGAUAGAAGAUACCUCAUACUCAUCCUGACCACCCACCACCACCGGAGGGGGAGGAACACAAGGAACAGUAUAUCUAUUGCAGACAAGAGGUUUGAGUAAGGACACAUGAAAAGUGUUGGGAAUCCCUAAAGAUGCAGGAAGAGCCAGAGAGUAAGACACUGGAUUGAUCCUACGAAGCACUCUAUAGGGACCAAGGAAUCUGGGGGCAAACUUCAUGCUAGGGACCUUAAGCUUGAUGUUGCGAGAUGACAACCAAACCCGGUCCCCCACUUGGUACACCGGGUUGGCACUCCUACGCUUAUCAGCAAAAUGUUUGAAGCGUUCAGCAGCAGCCCCUAGAGCAGUUUGAACCUUAACCCAGGUAUCCCAAAUGGAGGCCAGACGCUCAUCCAGAGCAGGAAUGGCAGUAUCAGAAAAUACCGCAGGGAGAACCGUAGGAUGCCUACCAUUAUUGACAAAAAAUGGACUGUGCCCAGAGGAGUCAUGAACAGCAUUGUUUCUAGCGAACUCGGCCCACGGGAGUAGUUUGGACCAAUUGUCUUGUGUGCUAUUAAUAAAACAACGCAAAUAAACUUCUAAUGACUGGUUAGCCCUCUCAGCUGUACCAUUGGUCUGUGGAUGGUAGGAGGAGGAGAAGGAGAGAUCAAUCCCCAAUUGUUUACUGAACGCCCUCCAGAACCUGGACACAAACUGAGAGCCCCUAUCAGACACAAUAUUGUGGGGGAUGCCAUGCAAACGGACAAUUUCACGUAUGAAAAUUAGGACCAAAUCUUGCGAAGAUGGCAACUUCUUGAGAGGAAUGAAGUGAGCCAUCUUAGAAAAUCGGUCUACAACCAUGAGAAUAGUAGUGAACCCAGCAGAGCUAGGAAGCUCAACAAUAAAGUCCAUGGAUAGGUGGGACCAUGGAAUCUCAGGAACAGGAAGAGGCUGCAACAGGCCACAAGGAAGUGCAUGAGUCACCUUAGAAACUGCACACACAGAACAUGCCUGCACAUACUCCUUUACAUCUUUCCUGAGUGAAUCCCACCAAAAUGAUCUAGUGAUCGCGGCAGUGGACUUAUUGAUGCCCGGGUGUCCAGCAGUUAUAUUGUCAUGGAACACUUUCAUGAUAUUAACCCUUUCACAUAGGGGAACGAACAGUUUAUCACACGGUUUACCACUGGGCGCCUGAGGCUGGGCCUCCAGUAUGGUGCCAAGCAGUGGAGAAGACAGUGAGAGGACAGUAGUAGCAAUAAUACACUCUGGUGGAAUAAUAGGAGAUGUCAUCUGUUCCGGAGCUGACUCAUUAUCAAAUUGCCUGGACAAGGCAUCAGCCUUGGUAUUUUUAGAACCAGGUCUAUAAGUAAUGAGAAAGUUAAAACGUGAAAGGAACAGUGACCAUCUAGCCUGUCUGGAAGACAAACGUUUGGCAUCCCCUAUAUAUGCCAGAUUUUUGUGGUCGGUUAUGAUCAACAGGGGGUCCUUGGAACCCUCCAAAAGAUGUCGCCACUCCUUGAGGGCAAGAAUAAUGGCCAACAGUUCUCUAUUGCCAAUAUCAUAGUUGCGCUCAGCAGGAGACAUCUUUCUGGAGAAGUAGCCACAAGGAUGCAAUGGUGUUCCCUGGCUUUCUCUCUGAGAGAGAACAGCCCCUACCCCUGUCUCGGAUGCAUCAACCUCCAAUAUAAAAGGUUUACUGGUGUCAGGAUGUUUUAGUAUGUCCGCAGAGGCAAAUCUUUGUUUAAGAGUCUCAAAAGCAUUCACAGCCUCUUUGGACCAUACCGUGCUACUAACCCCUUUGCGAGUCAUAUUUGUGAUUGGGGCUAUUACAGAAGAAAAUCCCUUGAUGAAUCUUCUGUAAUAGUUGGCAAAACCAAUAAACCUUUGAAUGGCUUUUAAACCAGAGGGUAAUGGCCAGUGUAGUACAGCCUCUAGUUUUUUAGGAUCCAUUUGAAAUCCCGAUGCAGAGAUGUUGUAACCCAAAAAGUGGACUUCAGGCUGGUCAAAUAUGCACUUUUCUAAUUUACAAUAAAGUUUAUUUUUCAACAACGUCUGCAGAACCUGUUUCACAUGGGAGUGGUGAGUUUGAAGAUCAGGGAAUACACCAAAAUAUCGUCCAAAUAAACCAAGACAAAUGAGUAAAUGAAUUCCCUGAGUACAUCAUUUAUAAAGUCUUGGAAUACGGCCGGGGCGUUGCAUAACCCAAAUGGCAUUACCAGAUAUUCAUAGUGUCCACUACGGGUAUUAAAUGCCGUCUUCCACUCAUGAUUCUCUUUAAUUCUAACCAAAUUGUAAGCGCUCCUAAGGUCAAGCUUAGUAAAUACUUUAGCUCCCUGAAGUCUAUCGAACAAUUCGGAAAUGAGUGGGAUAGGGUAUGCAUUUUUUACAGUGAUUUUAUUAAGUGCCCUGUAGUCUAUGCAAGGGCGUAACUCACCACCCUUUUUCUCAACAAAAAAGAAUCCUGCACCAGCUGGUGAGGAUGACUUUCUUAUGUGCCCUUUGCUCAAGGAUUCUUUGAUGUAUUCCUCCAUUAUUUUACUCUCCUGGGGAGAUAAGGCAUAAACUGCCCCCUUAGGUGGCAUAGCGCCUGGAAACAGGUUAAUGGCACAGUCAUAUGCUCUGUGGGGAGGCAAUACAUCGGAUUGAGCCUUGUUAAACACCUCCUGAAGUUCUCGGUAUUGUAUGGAAACUCCAGGAGUUUGGGGAGUGGUAGUGGGAAGGUCAAUAGUAUCCAAUCUCUUUAGUACUGGUUUUAUACAUCUCCCCAUACACUCUUUACCCCAUUCUAAUAUCUCCCCAUUAGCCCAGUCAAUAUAGGGAUUGUGCUUACUCAGCCACGGAAACCCUAAUAUGAUAGGACAUGAUGGAGAAGUAAUAACCUGAAACGUCAUCUCCUCCCUAUGGGAGGCCCCAAUGGAGAUCGUAAUAGGGACAGUUUCGUGGGUUAUAAGCGGUUGUGUGAGUGGUCUACCAUCAAUAGCCUCUACAGCUAGCGGCGUAGGUCUCUCCCUGACCGGUAUCUCAUUACCCCUAAUAAACUGGACAUCAAUAAAAUUUCCAGCAGCACCUGAGUCCAUUAGGGCACUGCAAGAAAACUUCUUGUUAUCAAGGGAAAUAGAUACCUCAAGGAGGAAUCUACUUUUGUUUUUGUUAGAGGACAACUCCAUCACACCUAAGAUCUGUCCCCUUAAGGUUCUUAGGUGCGGAAGUUUUCCGGACGCACUGGACAAUUAGUUAUCAUAUGUCCCUUUCUACCGCAAUAUAGGCAUAACCCCUCCCUUCUCCUAUACUGUUUUUCGGCCUCUGACAGUCUAGUGACCCCCAACUGCAUAGGUUCGGGUUCGGACUGUACAGGGAGGUUAGACAAAACAGGUUUAGAGAAUUGAGGUGCUAGGGACAUAGCCGUACGUCUGGUCUUGCUUCUGGUGACUUCUCUGAGUCUUAACCUAUUAUCAAUAUGCAUGACAAACGUAAUAAAUUCGUUAAGACUCUUAGGUAAUUCUUUAGCGGCUAUCUCAUCUAGUAUAGUCUCUGAGAGACCCUUUUGAAUGCUGAGAUUAACCCAUUGUUAGUCCAGUCUACCUCGGAAGCUAAGGUACGGAAUUCAAUAGCAUAAUCCGAGAUAGACCGGUUACCUUGUCUGAUGUGCAUUAGGGCAGUGGAGGCGUCAUCCUCUCUACCCAAUGGCUCAAACGUGAGCUUGAAUUCGGCAAGGAAUUCCUGGUAAUUAUGAGCUAUGCUCCGAUUACUCUCCCACAACGGAUUAGCCCAGGCAAGGGCCUUGCCCUUUAAUUGAUUCAUUAGAUAACCAAUUCUUGCUCUGUCCGUGGGGAAUGACCCUGGUGAGGCCUCAAAAUGGUACUCCACCUGAUUAAGAAAACCCCUGCAUUCCUGGAUAUUGCCAUCAAACUGUAGGGAUGGUGAUAAGGAGAUGCAAGGAGUCCUAUUAACAGUGGGUGGAGGUACACAGGGUAGAGGUGCUAUAGGAGGAGACGCUGCAGGCUGCAGAUGCUCCGUUCUAGCGAGAAGCGUACUUAAAGCCUGAGUGAAUUGAUCCAUGCGGUGAUCAUUCUCCUCUAAUUUCCUCUCACAAGCAGCUAUGUGCUGACACAGUUCCACAGGAUCUAUGGCCAUGUCGUAAUGUCAGGAUUACUGUUUGAUCCAGCACGUAGAACUGUACAGCACGGAUGACAAAUAAGUAACGUAUUACCGGUCCUUAGAAUGGCCGGAUUUAACGUACAAAGAAUAGUCAAAAAUACUAGCCGAGGUCAGGGAACACAGAAAGGGACACAGCGAUGAGGAAAGCCAGGAGUCAGGAUACCAGAAUAUAGAGAAGUCAAUAAACAAAGCCAAAGUCAAAAACCAGGUAGAAAACUAUAAACAGGAACGCGCUCUCAGACAACCACAAGGGAAACCACGACAGGGCACUGAGCAGGCUGAGAACUGGGCCUAAAUACCCUCCUUUAGUUCUGAUAGGCUGUAACCGGCCUUUGACCCCAAAGUCAGUUACCAGGUUUCAUUUGUAUAAUUGCUGCUCAGCAUUAACCCUUCUGUGGAUUAGGUUGCUGCUCGGCACAACUUUUCCUGUGUGGACAGUAAAUGUCAUUAACCACAUUUCUAUAAGCGGAUGAAUAUGUGACAGUCUGACUCUAAAAUCAUUUUCUGAGUUACUUUGUUUCUGAAAUGAUUAUAUCAGCAUUUUCCCUAUUGUGCAUGUGAUGUGCUAUAACACAGCCCCUUUCAUUAAAGGGGCACUGUAGGCACUCGGACCGCUUCAGCUCAUUGUCCCAUGUCCCUUAACCCUACAAUGGUAAUUAUUGCGGUUUCUGAAAAACUACAAUAAUUACCUCUGUGUUAACGCCACCACUAAAUGGCUUCCUGGUUUGAAACAGAUCUUUUGUCUGGUAUCUUAUGCUGGACGUCCUCUCACGCUCUAAGGACCUACAGCAUCAGUUUUUUCCCUGUAGUAAAGCAUUAAUUAAUGCUUUUCUAUUGGGAUGUCCUAAUGCGUGCAUGGUCAGGUCAUGUCAGCGGGGGAGGAGCGUGGUUGGAGCCUGACUCAGCCUUCGAGGGACUUCGGUGCUGGAUUCAGGUCAGUGGCUGAAGGAGUUAUAACCCCUUCAGCGCUGGGGGGGGGGGAGGGAUGGGGGGUUACUGUAAAAUUAUAUAGUGCCAGGAAAAUGCCUUUUUCCUGGCACUAUAGAAUCCCUUUAAACCGCAACUGUACCACUGCUAUCAGCUUACAAUAUCUGUUUAAAAAAACUGUACACGUUUCACAUAUGGUUUGAACUGCUUAUCCCAUGAUCCUCUGCAGGACAAGGAUGGGUAGUGCCCAUGGACCAGAAUGAGAUGCUCCUCGUUGGAGUAUCUCAUCUUUGUGUUGGAGAUAUCUACUAUUAAUAGUGAUUUGGCUGGGACUGUUUUUUUUUUUUUUUAAUCUAUAUAAUGCAUUCAAAAUAUUAUCAAGUUUUGAUAAUAGACUGUCUUUAUGUUGAUGGUAAAGCCUAAAAACUUACUAGUCCCCACAUGUGUAUUUGUAACAAGACGCCUGGUUCCAAAUUUAGCAUCCAUGCCUGAACCAAAUAGUCCAUCAAUCCCUUCUAUUGUCCACUAGGGACCUGAAGAAUCCACUGCAGCAACCUGGUACCUGAGUUCUUACUUCGUAGAAGCCUGAGUGUCUUCAGUGGUAUCUCUCACAUCCAUCAGUCAAUGAUGGAAUGAUAAAUAACUGUCCCAACACAAGACAAGUAACACACAAGACAAGGCUUGUUGCAGGGACAAAACAACCUUUGUUAAACAGGCAAGAUAUUGACACAGUAAAUACUAGAUGUUACAUAAGGCAAAUAAGUAAACCCAUGUGGGAUCUUGAUGGAAGCCUUUAGCAACCCAUUAUGUACCAGUGAGAGUGUACUAUUCUCUGGCACCUAAAUGUCUAGGCCUCUUCAAAUGGCUGAGAGGUGUAGGAAUUCCUAUGUGUAUACUAGGGGGUAACGUAAGAAACCGUGACUCUCCCAAAUGGAAUAGACCUUCCAGUAUCUGAAGCUACCUUCUAAUGACACUCCCCUUGCCUACCCUGCAAUUCAAUCAUUUCAGUCACCAGGGGGCUGUACACACAUACUAAAUUGUCAGGAGGCACUUGCAAUAUUGCUGCUUAGUUCCAAUUUCAUGACCGCGGUACACUUUUUGGAGCCUUAACAGGGUGCUGAAGGAAGCAUUAGUGUGUUAAAUAGCCUGCAGGGAAAGUUGCACUUGUGGUUGAAUCUGGAAUUCCUUAUCUGAGAACCAUAAGACAGGAUUUACCUUUUUGAGCCCAAAUACAAAAUCCUAUAAAUAAAAAUAUGCAUCUUAUCACUAUUUUAUUUAAAAUGGGCAACUACUUAAAAAACAAUAAUAAUAAUAAUAAUAAUAAUUAUAUAUAUAUAUAUGGGUGUGUGCUACAGGCUGAGUCAUGCUCCUUCGCACACAUUAAGAGUGCAGCCCCACUGGACCCCAGGAAAGACCCUCUCUGCUCUCCCAAAGGUAGGGAGGCUGAGUGGGUUUCAAUUCAAACAACAAAAUGUGUGUGUGUAAGCCUGUGUGAGUCUGUCAGUGUGUGUGUGUGUGUGUGGGAGCGAGCCUGUCAGUGUCUUUGUGUGUGUGUGCCUGUCAAGCGUUUGUGUGUGAGAGUCUGUUGUCAGCGUGAGUGUGUAUGUGAGUCUGUCAGUGUGUGUGUGUAUGUGAGAGCCUGUCAGUGUGUGCGCGUUUAUGUACCUGCCCCCUCCGAUCGCAUGUGUGUUUACUCCCCUUUCUUCCCAUUUCCCACACCGUGCCAGUUUCGCAAUGGCUGAGAUGAUCAAUCUUUAUGAUCUCAGCUAAGGCAAUGCUUUCCCUUAGGAAAGCAUUUGGAGGAUUUUGUGCAUGCGCAGCAAAUGUACCAAUCUCCAUCUCCUCAUAGAGAUGCAUUACAUUAAAGGACCACUCUAGGCACCCAGACCACUUCAGCUAUGUUUAUGAAUGGGUUAAGCCUUCCCCCAUUCCCUCUAGUGGCUGUCUCAUUGACAGCCGCUAGAGGCGCUUGCGUGCUUCUCCCUGUAAUUUUCAGUGAGAGCACGCAAGCGUCCAUAGGAAAGCAUUGAUAAUGCUUUCCUAUGCGACCGGCUGAAUGCGUGCGCAGCUCUUGCCGCGUGUGCGCAUUCAGCCGACGGGGAGGAGAGAAGGAGGAUCGGAGGAGGAGAGCUCCCCGCCCAGCGCUGGAAAAAGGUACGUUUUUACCCCUUUCCCCCUUCCAGAGCUGGGCGGGAGGGGGUCCCUGAGGGUGGGGGCACCCUCAGGGCACUAUAGUGCCAGGAAAACGAGUAUGUUUUCCUGGCAGUAUAGUGGUCCUUUAAUCAAUCUCUAUGAUGAACAUUCAGCGCCUCCAUGCAGAGCUUGGAAACACUGAACCAGGUUGCUGCACGUGGUGCAGCAGUGACCCAGGACUCUCUUGUGGCCAUCUGAGUGACUGUCACUAGAGAUGUUACUAAGCAGCAAGAAAAGGCAGUGUUUACACUGAAACGCCUGCAGGGACAGGCGAUAGACACCAGAACAACUAAAUUAAGCUGUAGUGGUUCUGGUGACUAUAGUGUCCCUUUAAGAAUUGCACUUUCGCGUUGAAAAUUACUGGCUCCUAACUUUUUAAGCUGGCUCCUAUAUUCCAAACAAAUUUGUCAAGCCCUGGAUUAACUCUUAAAGACCCAAUUUACAGUUUCAGUUUCCAUUGGGUUCAUGUGGGAUUCCCCUUUGUUUCUGCCGAUUUCAAAAGUCUCAUUAGUACUAUACCCAUAAUCCUCUCUGGAGCAGGAGGGGAAUUUUCCAUCACCACUUUUAGGAUAAGUCUAGCCAGCAGGCCUUCCUUCAAGGUUGUUUUAGUACCAACCUGCAAUCAAGACGUGCUGGACCACAGCUCCCAUCAUACCAUCAUUCCAACUCUGUCUGGGGAAGGUGGAAUAAAGCAAUAAAAGCCUUGAGGUGGGACAUACUUAAUUUUUAAUUAAAUAACUCUUAUGCCCUAGUUAUUUUCCUGUACCUGUGCUUGUAAUGCAGCCGAUAUCUUACUCUUAUUGGCCAUAUCUGGAAACUCAGGCAAGCGGGAUUGACUUGAUUUACCAUGUAAACAUGCAUGGUCGGCAGACUUGUGAUCAGUCAACGAAAGACUAAGUUACAUAAUGUACUGCUUGUACCAAUAUGUACGUUUCAUAUGAUCUACUAUUUGUUUUACCAAAAUUUCAGUCCCACACUGAUCAUCCUCAACAUUAAGACCACAUCACUGACAGGUGGAGUGAAUAACAUUGAUAACACUGAAAAAAAAAAAAAUCAAAACGUAAACAAAACCUUGAAUUUGCGCUGUCUGUUCAGGCGUAAUUCACCUCUUUCAUAUUAUGUGUGUUACUUACCAUAUAUCAUUUUGUUCAGGAGAAACAGGGCUUUCAUGUGACAUCAUAUAUUUGUAUAUUAAGCAUAAUUUAAUAUGAAUAAAAUAUAAAAAAAAUUGAGAAUUUUAUUUCUUUAGUUCAUGGAAUUUUAACUGUGAAUGUCACAAUGUUAGCUGUUACUGCAAUAAAGUACACAUUUGUAUUCAGCGAUGUCUCACUGGUAAAACAGUACCCCAAUGUACAUGUUUUAUGGUGUUUUGGAAAGUUACAGGGUCAAAUAUAGCACAUUAAAUUUUUGCAUUUAAGACCGUAUGGUAGCCCAGGAAUGAAAAUUACUCCCAUGAUGGCAUACCAUUUGCAAAAGUAGACAACCCAAGGUAUUACAAAUGGGGUCCAGUCUUUUCUAGUAGCCACUUAGUUACAAACACUGGCCAAAUGUAGCGUUCAUAUUUGUUUGCGUGUGAAAAAUGCAAAAAACUAAAUUGAAUGCUAAUUUUGGCCAGUGUUUGUAAUGAAGUGGCUACUAAAAAAGACUGGACAUACCCCAUUUGCAAUAUAUUGGGUUGUCUAAUUUUACAAAUGGUAUGCCAUCAUGGGGGUAAUCGUCAUUCUUGGGCUACCAUACGGUCUCAAAAGCAACAUAACCAAUCGGGCAAAUUUUAAUGGGGGAAAAAAAGAAACUCAAGCUUUAUAUUUGACUCAGUAACUUUUGAAAACACCAUAAAACCUGUACAUGGGGGGUACUGUUUUACUCUGGAGACUUUGCUGAACACCAAUAUUAGUGUUUCAAAAUAGUAAAACGUAUCACAACAAUUAUAUCGCCCGUGGAAGUACAGUUUGUGUGUGAAAAAUGCAAAAAACUGCAUUUUUACUACUUCAUCGUUGUGAUAUGUUUUACUGUUUUUAGAUAAUUCUUUUUGGAGUGCAAUUGUGAAUGAUGGAAACAGUUGUCAGCAUGAAAUGAAAUAUCAUACAGUGGUUUUUCACAUCAGUAACAUUGGUCAUGCUAGCUGGUCUGCACUAAUUUUUAUAUUACAUGCUCUUGUCUCUCUAGGCUAGGCGGAGGGGGGCAUAAAAGGUUUGGUUGUUCUGGUGAGUUAGGUGUGCUCCGGGGAGCCUAGAGUGAAGCAUAAGUAUGCUAUAUGGAGUGUAGUAAGGGUAAACAGGUGGCUUUCGCAGAUUAGUGUUAGAUCGUGCAUGCUCGUAUAUACUUCGCUAGAACGAAGCGUCAUGAUGUGGCAAUGUAAUGAGGUGUAAGAUGUAGCGGGUUACAAGGUUAUGUUCACCAGGGGGCUUCAUUGCUGGGCGUGAUAGUAAGAUAGAAGCUAGCAGCCUCCAGAUAUAGUGAGGCAGCUCCUCCAUUGUUAUCUCAACAGGGAUGCCCCGCAUUUUGAUAUUAUUGCGGCGUUGUUGAUCCUCUAGGUUAGUCACCCGUUGAGAGAGGUUGCACUGCUGGGUAUGCAGUUGUUGCACAGGGCCACUGAAGUUAGACACAGCGGUUCGGGUGUCCAGGAUGUCUUCAUCCGUGGCUUUAAUGCGGUCUGUGUUGGCCGUAUUUCUGUUCUGAGAAGUGCUUGGUCUGCCGCCAUUAUUUGAUGCAGGUCGGAGAGGAGUAUUUUGAGAUCCCCUUAGGUCGGGGGGACGAGCUGUCAUUAAGUUCUCCUGUUGGGGUGGAGGCGAUGUGUCCCGUUCAGUGCUCUGUGGUGCGGUAUAGGUUACCACUUCAAUCUGGUGGGUCUCCAUCGGCAGAGUUUUAGGUUGUUGGAGCAUAGCUCCGGUAUCCAUCAGGUUUUUGUGAUCCGCACCCCAUAUGUAGGUUGUGGGGCUGCGGGGUCGUCAAUUGGAACUCCAACUCUCCUGUGCCUCCAGAAAGCUGUCAAGGAGUGUCUCCAGGCCUCUUGUCUGCGAAGCGUGGUAGGCCCCAUCUUUGCGUUUUGGCUUUGUUUGGAGUGAAUGAAAAAGGCAUUGAUCGACGCAGCCUGUCACCCAGCUUGCAGUGCUGAGUUAUUUUGGUUUUAAACGGGUAUGUAUAGCGAUUUGCAAGGUGAGUGUGGAUCGGUCAGGAAUGGUGUCUGCUCAGCUCAAGCAUUGGCUGUGCCCCUGUUUUACGGUUUUUAAACGCUAAUAUUUGGGUUCCGCAGAGUCUCCCGAGUAAAACCGUACCCUCCUCCCCACCCCCCCUCCCAUGUACAGGUUUUUUGGUGUCCUAGAAUGUUACAGGGUUAAAUAUAGGGCUUGCGAGCCAAAUUCUUUGGACUUUCAGCCUGGGUUGUCAGGCAGGUCCCUCAAAUUGUAAUUAAUAAAAUGACUUCUGUAAAAAUAUUAUAUAAAUAUAUGUAGAAUUCAAAUGUAUAUGAAUAAUUUUUAUUUAUAUUGUGAUCCUUGUCGGCAGGUAGCACGGCCCUCUAGGGUAAAAACAUGCACAGUCCUUGUAAUUGCAUAUACUCAGGCACUUUAUUUGUAAAUCCACACAGGAUACAGCAGUAAAUGAAAAACAAAAGUAACAGAAAACCCUAUAAACAAACACCUAGCUCGUCUGAGCACUAACUGACAUUAGUUCCCUAUCUCUCAGGGUUAAACUAAACACAAUAUUGCACCAACCUUAUUAGAGAGCAACGCUCUGCUAUCUAACCUGUUGCUUUCCUUUCUGCACUCCCAGUGCUCCAAGCCAGCCUUGCCCUGACUGCUUUCAUUUCUGCACUCCCAGUGCUCCAAGCCAGCCUUGCCCUAACUGCUUUCCUUUCUGCACUCCCAGUGCUCCAAGCCAGUCUUGCCCUGACUGCUUCCUUUCUGCACUCCAAGUGCCUAGUCUCCUUGACUAUCUGGAGAGAACAGCCUCUCUCUCCUACCUGCUUCCUGGGAGGAAGCCAGCAAUCCCUCUCCUUUACCUGCCUAGCAGGGAGGAGUUUAUUCCCACUGCAACAGUUCAUUAACUGCAGCUGUGCAGUGGGUUGGAGAUGAUCCAAAAAACCCUGGCCUGGAUCCAUGUCUCCCCAGAAAACCACUAAAUUGUGGAGUGGAGCACUGGCCCACCCUUCUCUCCAAAUGCUCCACCCCAGGGGCCCAUAACUAAACAGAGCUUUGUGUAACACACACAAACUACACAUACUCCCCCUGGGGUUAAAAGGCCUAUCUGCCUUCACUUUAUCACAAUAUAUAGAUAUAUGGAUACAUAUAUGUAUUUAUAAUGUCAUUCUAAAUGUAUUUUGGUGGUGUAACCAGAUGGCACUAUAAUGUUAGGAAUACAGGUUAGUACCGGUAUAUCUAAUAAUAUAGAAUCCCUUUAACCGGGCAAUGUAAACAUUGCAGUUUCUAAUAAAUUGCAAUAUUUUACAUUGUAGGGCUAAAAUGACAGGACAACUGCACCCAAACCACCUCAUCUCAGUGACUUUAGUGAUACUUUAACCACUACAGAAUGCUCUAAUGGUUAUGGUGUCCCCAUCCUUUGUAAGCUGUCAAACCACUUACAGCUUGAAACUUGCCUGACUUUCUCCG